GUGCAUUUACUUUCAAUGAAAGCCAUUCGUAUUAGUAAUAGAGAUCAAUAGCGAACAAAAAGCAUCUGUAUCGCACCUCUCAGCUGGUCUACGAUUCGGCAGAAAAAUAUGGCCGAUAGCAAACUUCGGGAAAUGAACGAAAUUUUAUGGCAUCCCCAAAACCGGUACAAAAAUUCCGUUAGUUUGUUGUUGGAAAUAGCAGCUCAAGUUGGAGAAUCAGUCUUCUUUCAUCCAGUUGACGAACUGCUGGGACUUUCAAGCAUGAAGUUGUUUACGUGUGAGGUGAAAGUCGGAAGCUUGUUUAAAUGCAAAGGAACUGGAAACAACAAAAAGACGGCGAAGGCGACCGCUGCACAACAGGCUUUGGAAUUUAUUAAGAAUAAAGCUGGUGUAGAUAGAAACUUGCUUGGAUCCCCACAGGUAAGUCAAUCCAGAUAUGAUAGUAGCGGCCAUAUAUUGAAUAUAUUGCUGAUGUUGGACUCUAUCACAGACACAUGUUGCAGGUAGUUUCUUAUUUGAGUUAAUUUUUGUUUUUCCUUUGUUUCAAAUUCAUUAGCACACAUUACCAUCCCCAAAAACAAAAGAAAAACAAAAACUAACUGCAACAUAUACAAAUAUUUAACAAUUAUUCGCCGAAGGUGAAGUUAAUAUUGUUGAAUAAUGAGGGGAUUAUUCAACAUUGUUAUAUUCCUAGAAUUUCACUCAACUAAACAGGGACUGCCAUUGGUUGAUUCUUAGUCACGUGGCCUUGACUAAAAUCAAAUGUAUCCUGAUCGUGAUACAUUAAACAAUGUAUCCCGCUCGGGAUACAUUGCAGCACGUGAUCAAAGCAUGGUGGAAAGUGGCGUGACAGAAGGCGGGAAAAACACCGCCAGGUCCUGCCGGUUUUCUUUUUCGUGAAUGAACACAACAACACAAUCACGAAGCCUCAAGCUAAAAAGCAACCAUUUUUAAAGUUAUCCCAGAAGUUCCCAGUCGAAGAAAGACAGCAGCUAGUGGAGGAAAAAGAUGCAGAUGAUAUAAGGAAAGUACUUUUGUUUGUAAAUCAUUCAUUCAGUGGUUUUGAGAAUUAAAUUUGUGUUGUUAUAAGUACCGAGUCGACUGUUUUGGUUCGUUUUGGUUCGCUCCAGUUAUUCUUUUGUUGCUGUUGAAGUGAAAGUUCUAGAAAUAUAACAAAACACUUAAUGUCAGAUCCCUAGGGAAACCAGUUAGUUUUGUUUUUCCUCGAGUCCUGAUGUUUCCCUUGACUUCGUCUCGGGAAACAUCAGGACUCUCGGGAAAACAAAACUAACUGUUUCCCUUGGGAUCUGACAUUAAGUGUAUAAUAUUAACUGAGCCUGAGGUGAAUAAUUGUUUUAGUAUAUUCACACAAAGUGAUUUCACCAGAAUCAGAAAGGAAACCAUUAAAAAACGAUUAGUUUGAUUGACGGGUGAAUUCCUGCAUGAACACGAAGUCGUAAACAGUGGAUGCACAAAAGUUAGAUCUUUACAGUAUCUUCAAACAUGGCAAAUGAUAGUUUUAAUCUUUUUGUAUCGAGUUUUGUAAGCUUUAGCAUCAACUGUUUAAAAGAAAACGCCAAAAAUUUAAAUUACUACCCAAUUCUGAGAACAAAAGGAGAGCUUUAUUUGUUUCUGUCAACUCACCGUGAAUGAGAAAGUUUUCUUUGUUGCUUCUUGCAAACGCUGUCAACAGCAGCUGUGAUCAAGGUGAGCGUUGUUUAUCUCCAAUGUUCUCUGCCUUGUUAACUUGCUGACAGGUACAAUUUUCAAAAAUGUUUGCCUUCCUCUUUUCCCCAUAAAUUAACUUCUAAUUAUAGGCAAAAUUGGUCUUGCGAGAAAAUCCUGAAAUCACAAAACAGUGACCAAGCGACCUCUUUUUCCUCUGUAGUGGUAAACAAAGCUUCGAGCGCACAAAAGGUCGGCUACAGUAAACCACUUCACAAUAAAUCACGCUGUUUAAACACCAUGAAGUCUUUUCUCGCCUUCACAGUCAUCAGCACUUGGAUAUUCGUGUAUUUUCAAAAAGGCUUUACUAUGAAACUUUGGCAAAACACCCAGUUCACGACAGCGAUUUUUUUCUGCUUUAUAUUCACCACCUAGCGUGGUGAAUAUAACGUCAUAGUCUGAAAUAGCUAACCAAUCAGAUUGCUUGAAUUACCAAGAUCACUGAGUGUCUGUAUACUAAUUAUACAUACACACUUGCCUAGUGAUAUGUCACCAUCACAAAAUCGCCAAAUUCAGAGGCUCCUAGAUCACAAACACAAAAGACCACAAUAACUGUUCUUGUACUGCUCUUUUACUCCGCUUUGUUCAAGGCAACACUCAUGCCAAAAUCAAUUUCGAGUGGGUGCUGAAAAAAUAAGAUGGAAACUGAGUAAGUCAAAGAGUUGAAUAAGAUUUUCACCUCCAAAAAUUGAAUAAGUCACGUUGUGUAUUUCUUAGGUAUACAUUAGCCGGGAUACUACAGCAUUGAUUAGAGUAUUUUUGCAAGUUAACUGUCUUUCAGGUACUAUACACUACCCAAGAUACUACAACAUUGAUAAGAGUAUUUUUGCAAGUUAACUGUAGAUUUCAGGUAUACACUACCCGGGAUACUACAGCAUCAAUCAGAGCAUUUUUGCAAGUUAACUGUAGAUUUCAGGUAUACACUACCCAGGAUACUACAGGAAUGAUUAGAGCAUUUUUGCAAGUUAACUGUAGAUUUCAGGUAUACACUACCCAGGAUACUACAGGAAUGAUCAAAGCAUUGUUACGGGUAAACCGUAGAUUUCAGGUAUACACUACCCAGGAUACUACAGCAUUGGUUAGAGUAUUUUUGUAAGUUAAAGGAGUUUUCAGGCAUACUGCAGGAUUAAUUAAUGUAUUUUUGCAAGUUAACUGUAGUUUUCAGGUAUACACUACCCAGGAUACUAAAGGUUAAUACUAUGCAACGCAGAUAACAAAAGCUCAGGAAACAAGGGGACCCAGCAUGACCCAGUGAGGUUAUUUGUCUGCGAAAUUUUUUUGAGAAAAGAGCUGACUCUCUCGAGUGUUCACCUAGAAUAGAAUGAUCCAGAAAAAUAAUUUUUAACAUCAAAUGCUACUGAUAUAAUUAUUAAGUUUUCUUACCUGUCUGCCGUCUCUUUCUUUUUUUCUUGAUUACUGAUGUCACUGAUCUUGGCGCCAAACAAACACGCGUGGUACAUAUUUCCCGCCAGAAAUAAUUAAAAGCACUUUCAUGAGACGGUGAUCAAAAUACAAAAGCAAAAUAGGAAAGGACCAAAUGCCCGAGGCUAGCGAUCGUUUGUUGGGCGGCAUGUGAUAGAGUAAAAUUGAUAAAAUAUCAAAAAAUCCGGACAGAAUCUUUUAGUAAUACAUUAUCAAAAAUUAUGUGAAAUACAUUAUCAGAGAACAUGUGCGAAAAAAAUAAUUUCCACUCGAUAUUUUUUCUCGGUAUUUUUCAUCAACAAAAAACCGAAAUAUUAAAAAUCACGACUUACCAGCAAUUGCUCGGCUAAACAAAGCUAAACUUACCAAAGUCGAUAAACACGUAGGGAUUUCCUGCAGAAAUAAUUUCCCACUCUCGUUUAGCAGUUUAGUGGUCGAACUUGAGGUGGGUUAAAACGGAUUCAUUUUGCCAGCAUCUUCCCGUUAAAUUAAAGUAGAUUUAACACUUGCCAGGAGUAAUUAGUAAUCUAGCCAUUUUGCUCAUAGCUUCGCAAAGGCAACCAGUGUUAUAAAGCGACAGAAACUUUAGCGAAAUAUUCAGGACGCGACACACAACGACCUCAGUAAAUCUAAGAAAUGAAACAAGAUACUGAGCGAAAAAAAAGGGUUCAUUGAUUGUUUCCAGCUGGCCGUGACAAGUAGUGUACAAGAUUAGAAGACCCCCCGGUCAGAAUUUUUUUGUAGCCUAAGCCCGUCAUGCUCUACUGUAUAUUGCGAAGCCUUCUCAGUCUAUGCAUUUUUGUGAUGUAUCCAAGACAAACUUCCUCAGACCAUGUGACCUGAAGUGCAGUGGCUGCACGCUAGGCAACAACAUAUAUCACCUUCAUUGUGUACAGGGCUAUUAAAAACAGGGAAAGGAAAAAAUGCAGAGCCCUAAUCCAUGGAGAGUAUCUUAAAUGGAGUACACCUAUAAAUCAUUUUAUUGGUAAAAAAAAUACUUAAUCAGCAAGGUAAAUAUUUGUUUUUAUCAAAAUACUCAUUAAACAGCGGUAAUAUAUUGAUUUAGCCAGGACUAAAAGCGAAGCCUCUUUUAUAUACUCAAAGGUGUACGGGCAAUUUUUUUGCCAAGGGCGGGGAGGUAGGGGCAGUAAACCAUUUGCCAAAAAAAUUCUCGCAAGUUGCAUAUAUUUUUACAAAACAGUGAAAAAGAAAAGACAGCCAAACAAUGUAAAAACAUAGGCUGUACUGGCAUGUUGAGGUGGCUCAAUACAGUUUUUCAGGGUCAAUACCUCCCAAGUUUGAGCAUAAACUACAUUGCCAUAAACAAACAUUUGGAAAAAUUUCCGCCACAGUUGUAUUAGAUAAAAAUGAAAAUUUGUCAUGAUUGGAGUUAUGCACCUUAUCAAUGUAAAUCCCGUGGGGCGGGAGUGCGGGCAAGGGGCGGGGAUUUGAUGCCUGAGACUAUCCCCCUGUCGGGCUUUUGAUCGUGCGAAGCGAUCCCAGGGUCGGGACAUUUGACUUUGACCGACAGAAGCCUGGUAUGAAUUCAGAAGCAGUUACCAAGUCCGUCCCUAGUGGCUUUCUGAAAGUCACGCUGUUGGAGAAAGGUAUGAAGUUUAUACUUUAAACCGUCAUCUAAACAGAUAGUGUCUAUUUUGAGAAAAUUUUUAUCUUCAAGUUUCCAUCUGAUUGUAAAACUCGAUUGAAAUUGAAUUCCCCCAUGAAAGUCAGAGGAUUUUUUAAGGGUCACUGAUCCGACCUGUUGAGCAGAUGUUAUAAAGCAUUUUACGUUUCAUCAAUAUUAUAAUAGCACGGUCGGUCUUCCUGGAGUGAUUUUGUUGUUCAAAAUAAGAGAUGCUAGUGGAGAGAGAAAAUACUUAUUACAGCGAGUAAUUUAACGGAGCUUACAUUAACCUUAAAUAAAAGUAGUAAGAACGUACUUUUGAAAUAUUCUUUUAAUUCGUUUUAUAUAGUGUUAUAAUAGUAUUGUUUGUUUACGUUUUUUUCCCCUGGGGUGGGGGCUUUUUUGACACUUUGGAUUGACCUUUCGUUUCCCACCCCUUGCCCGCACUCCCCCCACGGGGUUUACAUUGAUAGGUGCAUUACAAGGAGGGACAUCAAAGUUGUCGUAGCAACGAGAUGACGCCAAAACCUAUUUUACUUAAAACAAUAUUUCUCGGCAUUCGGAACUGUUCUUACAAAGUACAGGGGAACUUUUUCCUCCACCAAUAGUCUCCUCGAUGUUCAUGAAGUUUAAUCGGAAUCUGGAAGAGCGUUAUCGAGAUAUUUUGGGAUGCAGUUUUUAUCGUUAGAAAUACGGUAAAAUAAGGAAAAUAUUAAUGUCCGGCUGUUAUCUGUUGAAAAGGGAGGGCUUUUGAACAUGAAAUUGCACCUCAUAGUAGUUUCAAUCUUUUUCUUAAUGUGUGUGAAAGAUCAUGGAGAUAGCUCUAGCCAAUUGCUAGGAAAGAACGAUUUGAUAAGUAUGUAUCGAGGUGCUCUUGUUAGCGGUUUUGUAAUAAUUUCAGUCUACUUUAACAAAAUAGCGAAUAAUUUUUAAAACGCUCAAUAUAUUUUUUGGAGAAUGUAAGAUUUUUCCCGGUAAUUCAAACUGAGAAUUGGUCAGCCAAUUUGUCAUUUUCAGACACAUUGCUGAAAAAUGAUACCAUCUGUCAUACACUGUUCUACGAGCAGACUGAUUCUAGAAAGUUUUGCAGAAGUUUAUUUCAAUCAAUUCACCAGCUAGUGCAGAGUAGUGCAGUGCUCCACAAUAAAAAAAACUACAAAUACGUAAAUAAACAUAUGACACCCUUCCCUAAUUACUAGAAACUCACCACGUGCUAGGCAACUACUGUCUCGUGUGAAUUUAACUGGAUUAUUACGCGGACUUCAGGUUAAAAUAUAAUAUAUAUCUACCUUAUUCUCCUUAAUUUUCGCGGGUUCUUAAAUUCGCGAUUUUCGUGAUUUUAAAAAAUUCGCGAACUUAAAGAUCCGUGAAACAUAACGACCGUGAACUUUGAUCUCGCGAAAUUUAAUGGACAUAGAAAAAUCAUGUAUUUGUGUUUUCAAGGGUCCUAAACAAUUUUUAACACAAGGUGUUAGUACAAGGAGCUAUCAUCUAUCAACUUUAAAGGUUAAUCAGUGUCAAGAUUCGCCUCAAGUUCUUCUUCGGCAUCUGAGUAAUCAUCUUCGCACAGUUCCUCCAAUACAUCCUUUGUACAGUCGUCAAAUUGACCACCCUGUCCCGGCUCCUUGUAGUGUGUAGUUACGAGUUUCUUGUAUCUUUCCAUUAUUGCCCUGUUCCUUGGUGUAUCGUCCAUUUCACAUAUCACCUCAACAGGGACAGCAUAUUGGUUUUGUUUCAAUUGUUGAUUAAAGUAAAAUUUUUGUAAAAAAGAAAAAAUAAAGUCACUUAAUCGUCAAUUUCGCAAAAUUAAAUUCCCUGCAAACACAAUUUUUCUCCGCUAUCGCGAAUUAAAGACUCGCGAAAUGUGCCGAGAAAGUUUUCGCGAAAUUUAAGUCUCGCGAAAAUAAAGGAGAAUAAGGUAUUCAAAAACCGGCUUUGCCAAAAUUUUCUCCUGCAGCCCAAAAAAUCUGAGUCGCCCAAAAUUUGGGGGUGCUGCAGCCCCCCUCGCCCACGCGGCCCAUAUGCCUAUGUAAAUACUUAAAAGCACUUAACUCUGAACUAAUAAACUCUAAGCCACUAAAAAGACAUCUUCAAAUCCCUAGCUUGGUUUACAUGUAAGGGUGGGUGGGGCUAGGUAAAUGAGAAAAUGUACCCACAAACACACCUGAAAUCUCUCCCAUCUUGCUUGAAGUGUGUUUUUAUGUUUACAGAAAAAAUCAUUAUGCAUCAAGUUCAGUCUAAGGAGUAGGCUACAUCACCAAACCCCCCACCACAUCCCUUUGUAAAGUUAUAGGUCAGCUCUUAAAUUAAAGUUUCCAUAGUUCUUUUAAUUCAUGAUGCACUUUUUUGUAGCAGCCAGUUCACAGGUUACAGUCUCUAGGGUCAAUAUUUCUGUGUAAAGGAAAGACCUAAAAGAAAAAUUGGGCCAACGUUUUUGUUAGCUACAAGCUUAAUUUACUAUCUGGCCUGGAUGAAUAGAUAUGUGUUAAUAAAUCUUUUAUAUUUAUACAUCACAAUAUCUGAUAAAAAAAAUUGUACUAUAAGGUGCUGCUUGUUUUCAUUGUUUUCAAGUUGUGUAUAAAGUCUAUCGCACUUUUCUAGGAAUGCACUGAACACAUACCACACAGUUUGUAUAAAUUAGAGAAUUAUUUUUUAAUUUAUACAAACUGUGCAGUAUGUGUUCAGUGCAUUCAUAGAAAUGUACGAUAGACUUCAUACACGACUUUUUAAAUACUCUCUUCAAAAAGGGGAAUGUGGGCUUAAAAAGCUACGAGUCUGUCACACAAAACAAGAACUCCUUCAUGUUUUACAUACUUUUCUCUGCGAGGAUACUCCCAAGAGAGAAAGUGUAAACAGACUUAUCAAGCUUCAUUAAAGUGGUUUUCAGGACCCAAUCCUGAUGGAGAAAAUGUAGCACACUGCAAAAGUUUUGACUGGUAAUUAAUGAAUUAAAACAUGAAUAACAAUUCAAUGGAACAUGCACAACAAUUAAAAUUUAGUUUUAUUCAAGAAAGGCAAGUAAUGUGUCUGAACUGUUUCUAAAAAUCCUUUUCACUUUUCAAAAGUGGUUUUGUUUAUGUGUUUUUUCCGCUGGCUUUGUGUUAUGGCGAAUACUAGAUAAACAUACCUUAGAGAAAGACUUUCACUUAAAUGCUUCUUCACAACUGAGAUGGAAACCACAGGUAACCCAAGCUCAAAAUAUGAGCAUCGGCAAGUGUCAGCAUUGUUGUGUAACAUUUGAAAUAUAGGGAUUUGUAUGGGGAAAAACCUAUCGUUUCUGUUAACCUUCGAAAAUGAAAGGAUUUCAAUAAAGAACAGCUUAUAAAUGUGUGUUACAUCUCUCCUGUGUGGUCCAUGGGCCGAUUUAUGGGUUAUACUGUAAACGGUUUUCCCUCUAUACAUAAGGUAGCCUUACAGUGUAUAUAGAGAGAAAACCGUUUACAGUAUAAUCCAUAAAACGGUCAUAAAUCGGCCCAUGGACUACACAGGAGAGAUGUAAGAUGCAUUUUAUGUAAGGUAAGCUGUUUUUUAUUGAAAUCCUUUCAUUUUCGCAGGUUACAGAAACAAUAGAUUUUUUCCCCAUACAAAUCUUCAUAUUUCGAAUGUUACGCAACAAUGCCGAUGCUCACAUUUCGAGUUUGGAAUACCUGUGCGGAAACUGAGUAUUCUAUAAAACUUUUUACUCUUAUUUUCAACCAGAAAAAAUGUUUAUAAAAUAUAAUCUUUAGCCUGUUUAACAGGUCAGGCCAUAUCACGUGUCUCAUAUCUUGAUAGCCUGCGAGCAAGCUCUCCUAUUUGGGUGAGCAAAGCGAGCGGUGAGAGAACGCGUGACCGAGCGGCUCACUGCGAGGGGCUGGGGAAAGGAGCGCUUGCAACGAUCUCUCAUAAAUUUUCAUUUGUACCUCGCCCUUUUACUUCGCCCGGGAUGAAGGGAAAUACCAUUGGGUAAAAAGUGUUGUUUGGGAAAUCACAGUUGAUUGAUAACAGGUCUAGCUGGCCUGGCCUAAAUUUUCACAGCAAAUGUAGAAACACGAUGCUCUUAUCGCCAAAACCCGUGUUCUGUCGGCUAUCGCUGAACUCACUCCAAAAAAGAAGACCGGCAGAGGUAGAAAAUAAUUCUCUUUUCAGAAGGAGAGAGCAAUUAUGGCUCUCUCCUUCUGUGAGAGGUAACUGUCGUCUGUGUGUCAAUGAUUUGGUUCUUAGGGUGAUCAUAUUGGAACCGAGAACUUGUUUUAGCCCCCGGGUCAUUUGAUGUACAUGUAAGCUUAAUUCUCACAAAGCUGUACGUAUGAAAGUGUUGGAUUGCCAAUAGAAUAUUGCGAGCUGAGGAUAAGUUGGACUGAGUUUGUAGUUCUUGUGGAAGCAAAAUCAGAACCGUUCAUCAUUUGUAUUGAUUUUGUUUGUGUCAAGUGCCUUGUUUAGCAGUGCUGGAUCCAGUCCUUGAGAUAGGGGGGUGGGGGUCAUCCAGACCCUGAGAUAGGGGGGAGGGGUCUCCAAUUUUUUUUUUUCACCCCUGCAGGCCUCAGUUUGGUCUAAAAAUAAGGGGGACCCCGAGCGUCUCCCCUGGAUCCGCCACUGUUUAGUUCUGAAAAUGAGAAGAUUGAAAGUAAAGAGAGAUUCAAGUGCCCAGUUCAAGCGCUGCCUUCCAGCGUCGGUUUCUUUGCCUGAUUGGAUUCCACUGUGUAGAAAAAUUCAGAUUCAUGUAAUGUACAUGACAGCAUAGCUGACAAAGAGUUAGCAGUGGACCGUCAAGAAGGACAAUAAAAAGAGUAGGAAGCAACAGGUCGAGUAAAACGUAAUAGAACCAAGUCCAGGAAAAUGCUGUUCUCCAGUUCUGGCCAAUGGACAAUUAUAUAAUGUUGGUGAUUGCGACAGGAAGCUUAAUGUCUUCUGAAUGUCAACGACUUUUCAAAUGUAAACAAAACGAGAAUCAAAGUAUUGAGUUCUUAUCUUAACAUUUACUUUCGAUGUCCAAUGGAUAAAAAAAACAUUAAAGUGGUCAAAAACAUUGCUUUGAUGCAUUGAAAAGCUGUUGCGAAAGCGAUUUCAUAAAUAUAGAAUAAAUUACACGGGCCCUUUGCUAUCUAAACUUGACAGGCAGUUGUCACUUUUCUAAACUGCGGCACUUUUUGCGAUAACAGUUUUCCUGCUUUGCGGUGUCCCUGGGUUUCCGGGGUGGAAAGGAAAAUUUGUCAGUGAUCGUUGCAAGAACUCCUUUCUUUCCCCAGCCCACGGUUUCGCAUCUCCUCUUGCGUGCCUCUCACGUGUCUACUUUUCACAAUAUCCUCCAACAACAAUAACAACAGUUUAUUCAGUGUUAAAGACUAUGCUACCCACAAUUAGCGGAGCUAUUCUAGGUGGGCAACAAUGCAAUAAUUGUCUCCUAUAAAUUAAGUCAGGCAAAGGAGUCCAGGUGACAGGAACCUUAACCUGAGAUCAGGCGUCUUUUUUUUUUUUUUGCUUCUUUGGCUCGAGAGGGAAAAAAAAUAACGCCUGAUACAUUUAUUUAACAAGCAGUCAACCGCCCCCUAAUUUACAUGAUCUACCGUUUGCUUGACCUGUCAUGUUUUUAGCCAAUAAGCGUUUACCAAACGGGAAUCAAAUUUUGGCGCGAAUAAUGUCUCUUUUGAAAUCAUGAUCAGUUUUAGGAAAAAAAAAUUUUUGGCACGUCUGUGUUCAGAUGGCGCUUCAAAAAAAAUAAAAAAAAUUAAUGUGUUGUGUUUUUGUGAUGAAAUACUCUGGAGCUGUCGUACCUUUGUGAAUAGCUACAAAUAAUAAAGAAUUUACUGGUUAAAGCUCGUUGACUUCGUUCUGUACUACGAAAAGCAGUGGAAAAAAAAAAUUAGGCUGAAGCACCAUAUUUCACGAACUGAAAGGUGUUGUGAAAGCGAAGAUCGCUCAGAAUAAUUCGCAGCAUGAUUUCUGAAGGAGGAAAUACAGUCAAACCAGGUCAAGAUUCCAUUCAUGAAUUGAUUAUUUGAAAAGUGAACCCGUUUGUCGCUUCUGUAACUUGUUGCCGGUAUCAAAUUGCAUUCAAAUGAUCGGUGAAGUUUUAACUGCAACUGUUUUGGUAUACGAUGAGCUGGUCAAUAUUUCAAUGGAUGAAACUUCUAUUUAGGCAUUCUUCAAAUUCAAGAAAACUGAGCGGGCAGAAAUUUCAUUUAUAACGAACUCGCGUGUGUAUUCACUGCUUAUUACGCAAGCAAAAAUGCAGACUGAAAUCAACAACAACUAACGGAUGGCGUCAUUUUGGCCAAUCGGAACAGCGCAAAUCAUCCGCAUUGUUUCCUAUCCAAUCAGAAAAAAGUCCAGAUUCUGGCAUUUUUACAUGUGAUCCGACAAAGAAAUGUAUCAUGCCCUCUUCCCGUGAGAGACAUAAAGGGAUAAUAGGGAGAGGGCAUGAUCUCAGGCUGCAGGAACCUGUAAUAAUUGUACUCAAAUCAACAUAUAUACACCUUCUUAGUCUCUAAUAAAACCUUGAUCAGAGCUUACCAGCUUGCAGGCUAAAAUCUUGAAGACAUGCACCUUAAGUUAAAUGCAAUAAUUAUGCUCAAAGUUUAAAACAUAAAAUUACACAACCUUUAAGUUGUCAGUAAACAAACUUCAAGAUGCUGCAUCAGUUUUUACCUGCAUGGUAUUUACACCUGAAUUCUCCUGUCAAAACUUUGACCAAUCUAAGACUAGAUUGGUCCUGGAGUGUGACCAAAAGCACAAUCAAACUAAAAGCAAAGCUUAAAAAUAUACCUUUUUCAAAGUUUGUUUUUGUAAGUCAAACAAAAGAAACAUCAAGAUUUUUACUGCAACAAUUCCAUUGGCUGCCUCUAGAUAAACUGGUUAACUUUUUGCUAGCUGGAAUCCCCCUUUCCCCCUGUCCCUCCCUGAAACUCUGUACAUGCAGGUGUCUCGUAUUGAUAGGUUUUCAAUUUCUACAGCAAUGGAGGCUCUGCUGUGCAUACUUCGUGUACAUUGAGGUUCCACAUAAAACUAAAAUGGAAUAGAGGAAUUAGCGAAGCCAAGAGAAGCCCCCGCCCCCACCCCCGCAAAACAAAAAACAGCAACAACAACAAACACACAAACAAACAAAGGAGAGAAGAGAAAAGUAUCGUAGCAUGGACCAAAACUAUGUGGAGCAAGUAUUUUGGGGUUUAAAAUUGAAUUUUAACUGCUAAUUUGGACUGGACAUAGCUGAUGGAGGGGACAUGAUCAAUACCCACCACUAUUACGGCCAAGAAUUUGUCAAAUUUUUCAUUUGAAAGUUGUUUAUAACUGUCAGGGGCACCUAACGACAAUUUUCGGAAAAUAUCUGUUUCGAAGACGAUUGAGAUCUAGAAUUUUCGGAACAUUUUUUGUAAAAUUUCUUGCUUGCCUGCGUCUCCAAGGAUUCUCGAACAUCUAAAAAAUGGUAUAAUUACUCAUUUUUAACGGAUUUUUACCCUUACAAGGUCACCUACAAUUUUUGGAAGCCUUUUUUCUGGCUGAAAUUUUCGAAAAGGUAAGUUUUGAUCCGUAUAAUUUUCGGAUCACUAGACUUUCAGCUAGGAAAUCCGAACAGAUGAAAAAUUUUUAGGGGAUAAAAAAUAUGCCUAUAUCUACCAUUUAAACUCUAAAAUACAUUUAACAAUGCUAUGUUUAAGUGGUUUUGAACUAUAUUCUGGUUGGGUGCCCCUGAACUGUGCUCAUGUGACCAGCCAUUGGUUUAUUAGAAUGUGAGACCGAGACUUUUAAGCAUUCUUAUGAAAUGCGAGCCCAAUAAUUUACCUGUAAAAAAUAUGAGCCUGAAACUCUUUAAGUGUCAAAAAUUUAGAGUUGAUGCCAAACAUUAAUUGACUGAAAACUGAGGAUGAGCCAUUCAAAAGGCAGAACUUAUAUAUGAAUUGUUUCAGUUAGAAGCAUGUCAAGCUCAAAGUUUAAAACAUAUGGGAAUUCGAAAUGCCAGAUAACUUUUUUGCCAUUUCCUGCCAAGCUUCGAGCUAUUAAAUAAGAAGACUACUGAAAACGGCAAUGUAGUUCUACUGAGUCAUUUAAGUUAAAAAUGUAUGGAUGUUAUCAGUCAUUCUGUGCUGUUUAAUUAUCUGAUCCUAACAGACUAAAGUAAAAUUUGCACCUGUUUUUCUUGCUUGUUGAACUUACCUCCCUGAACAUAUAGCUUGAUAUUGGGUACAAUUUUUGAGAUUCAGAGAUCAGAUUCCAUAUCAAAAUUUGAGACUUUGAGAUGGGUCAAUUUGUAGCAAGCUCAAGAUUCAGAAACUCUCAGUUUUAAAGUUUAGAUCUUGAGAAAAGGCUGAUAUUUUCCAAGAUGCAUCAUUUUUGAUCGACCAAUAGUCCCUUAAACUAUGCAAAAUUAGCAAGUUUGAUGGUAUCAGUACCAGGGCUAGAAAAAAAGUCCUGUCCGGUCAUCCGGGGCGAGUAGAUUGUCUUGUUGGGAAAGUAACUUUUCUACCGCAAAGGUCCAAGCAAGUCAAUUGGUAACUAAACCAGUAGUUAAGACAAGCAAACAAUAAUUGCCUUGCAGGGCAAGUAAAAUGUAAAAUGCAAAGGAGAAGCUGAAAUUCAAGCUUUUUUCGAGCUCUGCAGUACCAUUUUAAGAUGGGACCAGCUUGAAUAAAAUACCAUGAAAUGGGAAUGUUAUUUUUACAUGCAAAAAUGGCUUCUUCUUCUUUUGUAAAGGUAUCACCGAGUCAUUCUUUGCAAACGGCCAGUCCUUCACACUCUUUGAGUAAUCCAGCUCCCAGCAACAGCUCUCCAAACACAGAGGUUAAUCCUAUUGGCAGCCUGCAAGAAUUGUGUAUGAAGAACAAUUGGACACCACCAAGUUAUGAUCUAGUUCAUGAUUCGGGAGAGGCACAUUCAAAGACCUUCAUUUAUGAGUGCAAGGUAUGUAAUUUAGAAAAAUAAUAGUAAGUAAUGGCUUAUUUCACAUGAUUUCACAUUACUUUACAAACUGGUGUAAUUUUGAUAUUUUAUGACAAGUUGCAAUUGUAAGUAACACUACAGACACAAAAACCUAUUUCCCAUGCAUUGUUGCAGAUUUCUCUAGAAACUGAACUUUUAGAAUAUCGCUCAGCAUUCUUUGAUGCUCUUGGAAGUUUUACUGAUUCUGACUCACAGUUGAACCCUGCAAUCAACCAAGGACCAAUUUAGAAAACUAAGUAGAUAAUUACAGUCAAAGCUCUCAUAAACAUCCAAAGUGGAAAUUCACAGAAGUGGUUACGACUAGGGCUGGUUGUUUACAAGAAUGGGCUGUGGUAAGCAACCAUGAGACAAAGCAAGAGCCAUAAUGGCUCUUGGACAAAGCUAUUGAGGGCAAUCACUGCAGAGCUUUUAGUAAAAAAUUUUGCAGAUGUUGGUAAUUACCACAUAUACCAUUUCCCCUGAACACUUUAAAUUUAAAAAUCUAAAGUACUCAGUAAAUUUGAUGUUUAACAACCUUAUUUAACAAUUAAAGGUCAAAUGAACCAAAAUUUCGACCCUUUUUUAUUUUAGUUCAAUUCUAGUGAACUGUGUUUAAUAUGAACCGAAUAAACAUACUAUGAAGUUUCAGCUCAAUUGAAGCAAGUAUCUCCGAGAUAUUCGCAAUUAAAAAUUGAUGUUUUUUGGCCCUUAUCUUCGUAGAGCGGUCGGAAAAAUUGUCGGAAAAAACAGCUUGUGACGUUAAUGUUGAUCAGGUGAAAAAAAGCGGGAAAUUCAAAACAGAGUUUUUCGACUCGACUUGGCGCAGAAGUGGUUUGUGCGGCCAUAAACCUGGAAAGAACAGGCAAUUUGUCUUCAAAAGUUGAAAGCUGUGGUUAUAACCUUCUUAUUAUUUAGUUUUCUCGAAGAAUACAUCAUAGUAAAACGGACUUUAACGACAUUUACUAAUUUCCUUGAGUUGUACAGGAAAUGUGCGAGCGUAAGUCCGAUUUUCUUCAAGAUAUAUAAGGUCCGGAGCUCCACCGUGGACACAAAAACAAAAUAUCUUUGUAUAAUAAUCUGCCCAAGAAAUUCAAGUUUGCCCACAAUGUGUUUGAAGUCACUGCACUUUGUCGCACUCGAGCUGAUAUUUUAAAACCCACGCUCGAUCGGACGCUUCUAGCUUUGCAGAUCACUAAACUAUAAACAAAAUCCUCAAUGUAGAAGUUUUGGCGUUGAUAUGUGAGCAGAAAAAGAGUUAAUCUUUAUCUAGUAAAUCUUCCCCAAGAUCGGUUUCAAAGCAACCAUAGUUUUUUAAACUUGAUCGUUUCGCGCAGAUUAAUUUUGCUUUGUGUUGUCCAGUUGAACAUCAGUGUAUUAAACACCUGUUAAGAACCUAUGUGUAAGUAAGGUUUCCUUCAAACAAAGUUAAGUUAAAGUUACAUUAUUGCAAAAACUUCUUUCCAAUUAUGUAUAAGAUUUAAUUACCGAUUGAGGUCACUUUAAGGACCAUAGACGCCACUUAACUUAAAGCUGGGAAAGAGAUGCGACAAGCAACUAACAAUUCCAUCGUGCAUAAAAUUCAGCUUAAGUAAACUAAAAAAAGCUCCAAUAAGGUUACAAAACAACAAUUUUUCAUCAUAAAAGCAUAAGGCUUAAGGCUCUUAUACCUACUGACAAAGAAGAAGUGAAUUUUCUGUACAGAAACAACCCACCUAAAGAUCUUAAAAGCAAAAGAUCAGUUGCAAGCUUCGCAGCCAAGCCAUGAUUCCGACUACUUAGCUAGAUUAGCUACUUUUUUUUAGUAAUAACUGGUCCAUGCGAUGGUCUUCAGUUCAAGCAAAUUAAACUCAGCAAACUGAAUCAUUAGAAAAUACAGAAAACUGCACAUAAGGAUUUGUUUUGCUCGCUUCAGUCAAAUCCAGCUCAAGCAAUUGUUUACGGACAGAGUCUAUUGUUUUGGAGUCACUGCCGGCAGUUGUGGUUCUCCGCUACUUCACAGCGAGUGAAAGGAAAAUUUGCGUGCAGAAAGAUAACAAAACUAUGUAAUUAAAACUGAAGAAACUAAAGGAAAAAAAACUCUGACUGUUAUUACUUGAGCAACAGAAAAAUGAUCGAAGCAGUCUUUUCUUCUCGAGUAAGCAUGCUGGGGCCCGUUUCUCGAAAGUCCCGGUAACUUUACGGACCCGAAAUCAAAUAUUCAAAUCGAAAUAUGAAAAAUAAGAGCGCGGGUCCUGGCUAGCAAACUACUCCAUUUUGUUUCAUUAACUGACAGUUUUAUCGUGUUAGAUGCAAAACUAUUGAAACCUCGAUCUUUAAUGUAAACGGAGACAGCUUACCGGGCCUUCUAAAGUUCCGAGGAAGUUUUAAGCGCUCAAGUUUGUUCACUCGCAAGCGUUAGCAUUACGGUUCUUUGACAUAAGACAAGGAUAAAGCUGGUUCUGCAAAGGUAAAUAAAUCUGGGCAUGUAAAAAAACUAACCGUAACUACUAAUAACAGAAUACAAGCGGGUUUUUAAUUCAGUCCGGCGAAAGAAGGCGAAGCAUUGGACACAAAAUCAAUUCACAAAUCGAAUGCACAAUUAUCAGAAAAAUACAAACCUCUUUGGAAAUGUUCAAAACGUUUUAUUCCUCCUCAGACUGACCGACUGAUGAUCUGUUUUUACUCUAACAUUGGUUUUUCUGAAUCCAAAGUAAUUUUCAAGUGACGAAAAAACAACAAAAACAACAAAAAAAGCCUUUAGAAGACGUCACGUAGUCUCCAGUCUAUCGCGCAGCCAUUUCAGAAACGUUUUCGUGAAGUUUUCGGAAAUGCUCGGAUUUUGAUCUUUUAUCUUUCUAUAAAGGCUUGGGAAGAAAAGUCUUUACCCAAAUCUCACUAGUAGUUAGUAAAAGAUACAUUUUGACGCUUACCCUCGCUUCAAAAAAAAUGGUGCCCGCCUAUCUUCGAAAUGCGUGCCCCAAUAUUUGAAAUAAGGCCAAAUCGUCGAAAGUGUAUUUUUUACUAACUACUAUGAGAGGAAUGAUGUUGCGUAAGAAAUAAAAAAAUUGAUUUUAAAAGAAUAAAAUCUUAUAAUAAAUAUUAACAUGUCAAAGUUAUCAGCUUCAAAAGAAUUCCAGCGUAUGUCUCUGGAUGAAAUUAGAAAAUUAGUAAAAAAAGAGGAAAAAGCUCUUAAAAAAGAGUACUCUGAGUUAGCUGAAAGAAAGAAACUUAUCAAAAGGUUAGAAAAAAUACGUAAGGCUAGGAAAAAAGUGAGAAGUGGAAUAAAAAUCAAGAAAAAAUCUCCUAAAAAAACUAAGUCAUUUCAGGAGUAUUUUGAUGAGUGUAUUAAAAACAGAAAUAUACCUGAAGACACUCCACCUUAUUUUAAGAAAGCUCUUCAGAAGGCUUUAAAGCAAUGCAAAGAAAAAAUUGUCGAGACUAAAACAGCUAUUGAUGAGUUUGCAAAACAGUAUGUAAUAGAGGGUGAUCCAAAUUUAACACCUGAUCAAUUUUUUGAAAAAAAUAAAAAUCUUAUCGAACUAUUCUUCAAAAAUAACAAAAAUAUUAAAGCAAAUUUUGUUCUUGUUUGUGAUAUGCAACAACCACUUUUUGAUAAACAUGGUCUUACUGGUUACAAGGAGGAUGAAGCGUAUUUUAGAACUGAGAAAAAGAGAGUUUUAAAGUCAACAAAUGUGGAAAAGCUUGUAAAAGAUAACUUUAAAAAGAUUAACUUAGAUAUCGAAAAAUUUCAGAAUAAUGGAAGUGGAUGGUAUUUUAAGAAUAUAAAAGAGUUGCAGAUAAAUGUUGUUGAAUACUUCCCUCAAAAAGGUUCAUCUUAUAUAGACCUUCCUCGCUGGAUUAAACUAAAGAAGGCAAUAGUUAAUCCUAAAAACAAAGAUGAUAAAUGUUUCUUAUGGUGUAUACUAAGAUAUCUUCACCCCAAACAAAGAGAUAAUGAGAGAAUAACAGAUUUGAAAAAGUAUGAAAAUGAGUUGGUAACAAAGGGGUUAUCUUUUCCAAUGGAUGUUAGAGAUAUUAGAAAGUUUGAAAAGCUUAAUCCAAAUAUUCCAAGUAUAGCAGUCUUUUCAGUUGAAGGAAAAACUAUUUACGCUCUCAAAUUAUCAGACAAAGAAUGCCAAAACUCAAUAGACUUAUUUCUUUUUGAAAAGGAUGGAAAAAGUCAUUAUUCUUUGAUAAAAAAUCUAAGUAGAUUAAUUAGAAAUCAACUAACUAAUACAAGAGUUACCGGAGGUGUUUACAUUUGUAAAAGAUGUUUGUGCCAUUUCAAAGUAAAAAGUAGUUUUGAAAAACACGAAAAAUAUUGUUCUGGCAACAAAAUGGUUACAGUAAAAAUGCCAAAGAAGGGAGAAAGUAUUUAUUUUAAAAACUCUUACAGAAAGUACCCGGUUCCUUUUGUAAUAUAUGCUGAUUUUGAGUGUUUUACAAAACCUGUUUUACAUUGUGUCCCAGAUCCAAGUAAAUCUUACGACGUAGAAUACCAAAAACACGAACCAUCAGGAUUUUGUUUUUAUCUCAAAGGAAUAACAGACUGGUUUAAAACAGAAAGCUUUACAAAGGAAAAAGAAGAUGACAAUGUGGCGGCUAUUUUUGUAAAUAAAAUUGUGGGUUACACCCAAUCAAUAUACGAUGAAUACUACCGAAAACCGAAAUUAAUGUUUUUAACUAAACAGGAAGAGAAUUCUUUUAAACAAGCUGAAUAUUGCUCGUUAUGUGAGGAAGAAUUGGGUGAUGACAGAGUUAGAGAUCACUGCCAUUUUACAGGUAAAUACAGAGGUGCUGCUCACAACGAGUGUAAUUUGAGAUGUCGUAAACCAAGAGUUCUUCCAGUUAUAUUCCAUAAUCUUCAAGGUUACGACGCUCAUUUAUUUAUAAAGGAACUUGCUAAAAUUCCAGGAAAAUUAGAAUGCAUUCCAUCUACGGAAGAGAAAUACAUUUCCUUUUCAAAACACAUCAAAGUUGGUGAGUACAAAGGAUUUGAUAUUAAGUUUGAAAUUCGUUUUAUUGAUUCAUUUAAAUUUCAACAAGCAUCUCUUGCCUAUCUUGUUGGAAAUCUAGAAUCCAAAGACUUUUUUAAUACUAGAAGAAAGUUCAAGCAUAAUACUAAACUGCUCACCCGUAAAGGGGUUUAUCCAUAUGACUAUGUUUCAAAUCUUAGUAAACUAUCAGAAACACAACUACCACCAAGAGAAGAAUUUUAUUCAAAGCUAAACGAUGAGCACAUAAGUGAAGAAGAUUUUUAUCAUGCUAUUCGAGUAUGGGACACAUUCAAUUGUAAAACAAUAAGAGAUUAUCACGAUCUUUAUCUUAAGUCUGAUGUGUUACUCCUUGCUGAUGUGUUUGAAAACUUCAGGAAAACUUGUAUGAAACAUUACAAUCUUGAUCCAGCUUAUUAUUACACUUCACCAGGUCUUGCCUGGGAUGCAUGCCUUAAAACAACAAAGCAGGAAUUAAAACUACUUGACGAUUAUGAUAUGUUAAUGAUGUUUGAAAGGGGAAUACGCGGCGGAAUAACUCACAUAUCAAAGAGAUACGCAGAAGCCAAUAAUAAGUACAUGAAAACCUAUGACCCCCAAAAACCCUCGUCCUACAUUCAAUACCUAGACGCAAACAAUCUUUAUGGUUGGGCGAUGUCUCAACCACUUCCAACACAUGGUUUUGAGUGGGUUGAAAAUAUAACAAAAAGCCAAGUCCUCAAUAUAAUUGAAGGCAAUUCAGCAAAGGGCUAUAUUUUUGAUGUAGAUCUGGCAUAUCCAAAACAUUUUUGGGAAACGCAUAACGAUUACCCGCUUGCUCCGGAACUUAUUAAAGUAAACGGGGUUGAAAAACUUAUAUGCCAUUUCAAACCAAGAAACAAUUAUGUCCUUCAUUAUAAAAAUCUGAAACAGUAUCUCAAUAUGGGGCUCAAACUUAAAGCGGUAAACAGAGCAAUAUCUUUUGAGCAAUCCCCCUGGAUGGAACCCUAUAUAAGAAAGAACACAGAAUUGCGUAAAACAGCAUCCAACAGUUUUGAGAAAGACUUUUUUAAACUUAUGAAUAACUCAGUUUUUGGAAAGACAAUAGAAAACAUUAGAAAAAGACAAAACAUAAAACUGGUUGAUAAUCGUAAAAUAGCUCUAAAACUCUCAAAAAGGCCCAACUUUGAAAGAGUUACGAUUUUUGAUAAAAAUCUUAUUGCAGCGCAUAUGAAAAAAACAGAAGUUUAUUUUAAUAAACCUGUUUAUGUUGGUCAAGCAAUUUUGGAUUUAUCCAAGACACUUAUGUUUGAUUUUCAUUACAAUUACAUAAAAGACAAAUACGGGGAAAAAGCACAGUUACUCUUUACAGAUACUGAUUCGCUAAUGUACCAGAUAGAAACAGAAGAUUUCUAUAAAGAUAUAAAAGACGAUGUGGAAACAAAGUUUGACACUUCAGAUUAUCCAGCAAUUCACCCAUCUGGUAUUCCAACAGGGUUAAACAAAAAAGUAAUUGGAAUGUUCAAGGAUGAAGUUGCUGGAAAACAAAUCACACAUUUUAUAGGUCUUCGCCCAAAGCUUUACAGCUUUAAAAUAGAAGAGGGUAAAAAUGUUAAAAAGUGUAAGGGAAUAAAAAAGUCUGUGGUUUCAAAAGGAAUUACAUUUGAGCAUUAUUUUGAUUGUUUAUUCACGGGGGAUAAACAAAUGCGAAGUAUGAAAAUAAUACAAAGUAAGAAUCACAAUAUAUAUUCCAAAGAGGUUAAUAAAAUAGCUCUGAGUUGUGAAGAUGAUAAAAGGCUGGUACUAAGCAACAAAGUUGAUACUAAAGCAAUAAGGCCGAAUUAAAAAUUAAAAAACUAAAAAAAUAAAUGAGUUACAAAGAAGAUCAAAUAAAAAAAUAUUUGGAAAUUUUGCAUAAUUACACCAAAAAUAACUUAGAUGAACCAAAAAUGCAGCCCCAAUGUUCAAAUUGCGAAAACAGUGAAAAUUUCGCAAUAGAUUUUGGAUAUAAGAUUUGUGAAGAAUGUGGAUCAACAAAUGGGCAUGUAUUAGGUUACUUUAAUCCAAAAGAUUACGAUAGAUUAUAUUUCAGGAAGAAAAGCAUAUACCAGCGAAAAUACUAUUACGAGAAAAAGAUAAAACAGAUUCCAAAUUUGACAGGAGAGGAAAAGGAUGGGUUAUACAAAAAGUUGAUGGAAAUAGAUGAGAAAGUUAUGAAAGAUGUAAAUAAAAAGUUUAGCCGUAAGAGAAUGAUCAACAUCUUUUAUAUCAUAAAUAGAAUUUUGGAGGAAAUGGGGUUAAAAAACAAAAUUCAACUUAAUAUUUCAUCUCAAACAAAAGACUAUUACGACAGAUGGUGGGAAAGUUAUCUUAAAUUAAGAAGUCACGAGAGGGAGGGGUGUUAGGUUCCCCUUAUAAGAGAGUAAAUUCUAUAUUAAAAUUAAUAUAGAAUUAAUUUUCAUAUUACAUCAAAUUUUGUAGCUUAAACAAUUAGUUUCUAAAAAUAAAAAAAUGGAAAAAUUUAUUUUGGAAAACGGCAAAAAAUUUUUUAUUCAUCCAGUCUAUAAAAAAUAUGCUGCGAAUGAAGACGGUGAAAUCAUGAAUAUCAGACUGAGGAAAGCUAGAAAAGGUUAUUUUAACCAAAAUGGUUAUUUAAAUUUUACAAUAUAUUUGGAAAAAAACAAUUACAAAAAUUAUUCAUCUCAUAGAUUCGUUUACGAGUGCUUUUACGGUCUAAUUGAAAAAAACAAACAAAUAAACCACAUCAAUUCUAUCAGAGUGGACAACAGGUUAAAAAAUUUGGAAGUCGUAACUGCAAGUGAAAAUAUUAGAAAAUCGUCAAAAAACAGAAAUUUUGGUUGUUAUCGCAAAAAUCCAAAAAGGGUUUUGGCAAUAAAUUUGUUUACAAAAAAGGAAACAAAUUUUAAAAGCUUAUACUCUGUUAGCAAAAUAUUGGGUAUAAAUCCAGGCCAAGUUAGUAUGAUUUGCUCGGGCAUUUAUAAAACAGCAACUUCGAAAAUAAACGGUCAAAAAUAUUCUUUCAAAUAUCUAGAUUAGAUUUCAAUAUUUUUUGGUAUUGAAAUUAGGUUCUAAUUCAGCAACUUUAUUUCGUCUAGAUAGUAAAAAAUUUUUAUAAAUUCCUGGCACUUUUUCUCAUCUUCUGCGCUAACUCCCUCCAUUUUGGAAAUCUUAUGGCAAAGGCUAAUGGCAUAAUCAAGACAAAUUUGGUCGUCGAUUUUAUACUUAACUUCCAUUUCCUUUACCAAAUCUUUUCCAACAGAAGAUAAAGUAGUUUCAAAAUUUUUUAUAAAACUUUUUUUUAAAUUUCUCAACUCCUCCAUUUAUUACUUGCUUAGAUUAUUUUUUAGUUUUCCCCCUCGUGCUUAGAUUAUUUUUUUCAUCUAUCAGUUGGAGGAAAGGCUGUUUUUUCCAUUUAUCUUGAGAGGAAAGGGGGUUUUGGGGACCCCCCAUAAACUUCUUGUUAUAAUUACUAACAAAUCUAUCCGAUAAAGGAGUUUGGUCAAUUAUCAUUUCAUCUAUCAGUUUCAUCCUAUCAACAAACUCUUGUUUAUCCCAUUCAUCUCCUCUAAGAGCUGAUCUCAGUUCUACCAAUACCUUUUCAUAAGUGGUAUAGGCGAUCUUUGACAUUUCAAUUUUUCUCUGGGCAUUUUCUUUCUUUCCAAUACCCGCAACAAUAAUGCCAGCACCAUUUAUAACUCCUAAGACAACAGGAUUAAGAGUUAUUCCUCCGGCAAUUGUUCCUAUAGUUACAAGGCUUAUUCCAGUUAUAGUUAAAACAUUAUCAAGAAAUUUAUAACUUUUGUAACAAUUUUUAAAACACCAAUAUUUUUUGUGGUAAUGCCUGUAAAAAUCUUUUAGAACAUCAAUAUCUGAUUUUGACAGAGAUUUAUCAAUGUGAUUAAACUCAAAGAUGUCUUGCAUUUUAUCCUUCAUUUUAUCCUUUGCGUAGAUUAUGCGGCGUAGCAGCAGGGGGGUUUUGGGGGGUGCCCGAAGGGCUUGCCAAGGUCCACCCACUAUAAAACAUAACUUCCAUUUAACUUUUCCUGUAGCAUAACUUUAUGAUAUUGUUCUGAAUCAGUGUCGUAAAAGUUUGGAGAAAACAUUAUUUUACUUAAAAUUCCAUCUUGAGUUGUAAACUCAAAAUUUUGUUCGUUGGUGUAUCUAACGACUUGUAAGCUUAAUAUUGCGCUGUAGUUACUUAUUUUAACUUUUGUAAUAUUUUGGCUAAAAUCUUCUGCUAACCAUAUAACAAUUUUUUUUCCAUUAAAAUCACUUGGCAAGGUUAAUUGUCUUCUUUGACUAUUAACAACUAAAUUUACUGUGUUACCUGAAGUAGUAUAGUAAAAAUUUAAUAAAGUAGAUCUGCUAGUUGUAUCUUUUUUUUUUAUACUAAAAUUUCUAUUUCUCCAAUGAUAAAAUAUUAAACAUAAAGUAUAUUUUGUAAUAUAAUCAGGAGGAGAAAAACUAAUAAUAUAAUUAUUAAGAUUUAGACCUUCUUUUUUUAUAUCAUCUAUGGUUCUAAGAGGAAUACCUAUUUCUCUUAAAGUAUUACCACUACUUGAAGAUAAAUAUCUGAAAACAAUACCUGAUGAGGAUCUACUCAAUUUGUAAUUAGUGGCAUUAGUAAAAUCAUAAACAUCUUCGAAAUAACUUCUGUAUAAAUCGUUUAUAGUGUGAGGUUUUAUUUCCUUUACCAUUCCAACUGUUGCUGCGCUAUUGUCAUUAUUUCUAUCAAGAUUAACAUUUAAUAUUUUUUUAUUAUUUGCAUUUAUAUCAACAUUGAACACAACUUCUGUUGGUUUGAUAUCAAAUGCGGUGUGAUAAUCAUAAACUUUAUCUGGAUCUAUAUUGCUAACUGUUCCCACAAUUCCAUAAGUAAUUAUAUAAACACCUGAAAACUGAUUUGGGUAAGUAGCCAAGUCAGUUCCAGUUUGUGGUAUAUCAACCAAAAAAUGAAGAAAGAACCUAUUUCCAGUUGCUAACUUCCGGAAAUUAACUAUUAUUCUGUGAUAAUACAUAAAUUGUUGUUGCCCAUUUGAUUGUGUGUACCUAUGAGAUAGUUUCCUUACACUAACAUUUCCAAUUGAUAAUCCUGUUGAAGUUCCUUUAUCCACACUUAUUUGAGACUUAUGCCAUAAAGCGUAUUCAGUGUUGAGUAUUUCCAAGCACAGAGUGUAAUCGGUAUUAGCAGUUAACCUGUAAAAGUUGAUUCCCAUUUUGUACUUAUAUCCCCCUUGGGAAUUUUUGUUUAUACCUAAAUAAAUAACUUUGUGGUUAUAAUCGUGAAAGUUUCCUUGGUUUGGUGCUAAAUCUCCUAUUCUUUUUAUGACAAAACUGGUUACGUUAUCUAUUUCAUCAGUCCAUUGAGACCCACUUGACAUGAGAUAAGCAAACUGGUUGUUGUAAUGACUUGGUUGAACUGCUGUUUUGUGAACUAGUUUGUCAGCGUAAUCUUUAUUUACCGCGUCAUUGUCUUGGGUUGGUUUACUAAGAUUUAUUAUUUUAUUAUUACCAACAUUAAGGUUCCCAGUCAUAGCAACGGUACCAUCUUUUUCUAAGUAAUCGCUUAAAUCUGGAGCAUCUGUGUUAUCAUCCACAUACUUUUUGGUUGCGGCGUCUGUGUUUGAUGUUGGAGUUGCGAGACCAACUAUUUUUUUGUUUCCAAGAUUUAGGUUAUUAGUCAUUGAUACACUUCCAUCUUUUUUUAUAAAAGAACUGGUAUCAGGUAUUGAGUCAUCCACAUACUUUUUGGUUGCGCCGUCAGUGUCUGAUGUUGGUGGUCUAAGGUUAACUAUUUUUUUAUUAUCCAUGUUUAAAUUAUUAGUCAUUGUAGAUGAACCAUCACGGGCAACAUACUUUAAAUCUGUAAAAGCUAAUGGUGUUGGUUGAUUACUUCCAUUUGGGGCUGGCAGAUUAAAUAUUCGAUUAUUUGCCAUAUUGAUAUUACCUUUCAUUGGGAAGGAACCAUCUCUGUCAAGAAAUGUGUUGUCUACGUAAUCUUUUGUAGGAGGUUCUUUUCCAUCUAGUGGAGUGCUAAGAUUUGUAAUUCGGUAUUGAUCUCCCAUAUUAAGGUUAGAAUCAACUGUUAGCCUUGAAGUAGGUACUGAUUCGCUUGAUUUAUCAUCCACAUACUUUUUGGUUGCUGCGUCAUCAUUGGAUGUUGGGGCUCCUAAUUUAAUUAUUUUAUUAUUAGUCAUGUCUAGAUUAGCAAUCAUUGUUUUGGAACCAUCUCUGUGAAGAAAUCUGCUGUCUGUGUAUAGUUUUGAGGCUGGCUCAUCUGAAUCAAUAGGAAGUUUAAGGUUAACAAUACGAUAUUGGCUCUUCAUAUCGAUGUUUGAAUCAACUGUUAAACGUGUUGUCGAGGGUGAUCCACCAGAAUUAUCAUCAACAUACUUCUUUGUAGCAGCAUCAGUAUUAGCACUCGGUGCUCCAACAUUUGUUAGUCUUUUUUUAUUCAUAUCAUAAUUUCCAUCUGCAGUUAAACUAAAUCCAACUCCUGGAGCACCCUGAAUUCCUUUAGCAAAAGGAUGAUCAAAAUUUUGUUCGUUGAAUAUUCCCAUUUUAUCUAAUGGUUAUAUUUAUUUUAAAGGGGCUGUUUCCCUUAUAUGUUCCCGUUAAAGUUUAUUGCUAAAUGUUUUUUUGGUUUAUCAACGUAUAAAAAUGAAUAUUGUUUUUUAGUUGCUUUCCUAUAUGAUUCUUUGUCAACUCCUAAUUCGGAUGAUAUUCUGUUUGCUUCUCUCAAUGAUGGAAAUUCAUAUAGACAAUAGUGAGAACAAUUCAACCGGAUAUCCUUUGGAGUUUUAUAAAAUGAUUGACUGAGGUAGAUUACAGAGCAAUUCUUAUGUCGUCCUUGGAUAAAAUAAUCUAUUAACUGUCUCUGGUUUUUAUCACAGACGUAAUCAUCGAAUAUCACAAUUUUUUGAUUGUCUUCGUAAUCCAUUUCUGUAACCGGGAUUAUUUCAUUGUUACUAACAUGAAGUAUUUCAUAUCCAAUUUUACUACUUAACUCCCUCAUUUUUUUGAUUAGUUUUUGAUACUUAUCCUGUUCAAGAUUACGUGCGUAAAGAUAAAUCUCAUCGUAAUGCAACAGUGGUUUUAUUAACAUGUGAUACAAAAGAUUAGUCUUACCACUUCCACUGUUUCCACAGAUUAACAUUCGAAACGUAUCCGCCGGCAUAAAAGGAAAUAACUGUUUAUAUUUUUUAUCAAUGUCAUCAGUACUAUCAUAAUUUGGAAUUUCCAUUUAUUUAUUUAAUAGAUAAAAUGGGGGUUUGGGGGGAAAACGUAGAUUUCCCACAUUAUCUAUUUAAUAGAUAAAUGGAUAUAGAAGAAUUCAAAAAUUUUGCAAGAAAUAAAAUCGAAGCCGACGCUUUGACACGGCAGGUUAGAGAUGUUAUAAAAACAACAAAAUGGCAAAAACAAGAUAUGAGAGAGGGGUUUAAAGAAACAUUUAAACCACUUAUUAAAUCUCAAGAUUCUAUUAAAAAAAGUAUCGACGAACAACAAAACGCAACUAUAGCACAGCUUAAAAAAAAUCAACUUGCAUUAACAUCAGGAUUGGAAAAAAUUAAUGAAACUAAUUUAAGAUUGGCUGAAAUGUCCGAAUUACCAGCUUUGGAAGGUGAUUAUGAUGAACCUACAACAUCUAGACCAAGAUCACCUUCACGUUAUAACAUUGAAAAAAAUCUUGACAAUGCGGAUUUAGGAGUACUGAAGGAUAUGGGCUACCCAAGACCAAAUGAUUUUUUUGAUACUAACCCUGAACGACUUAGAGAAAUACGUGUUGAAGUAAAAAAUGAUGUAAAAACAUUUACAGGGCAAAUAGCUGGUUUGAAGAGAAGAAAACAAAAAACAGAAGAUGAAAAGUUAGAAAUAGAAAAAAUUCAAAUGCAAAAAGAUUUACUACAUAAAUACAAAAACAUUCUUGAACUUUAUUUAGGUUCGCUUGAUUAUAAAAUGGGACAAGGAAUGAUUUACUAUAACAACCCACAUCAACUUCUAAACAGACUUGAAUUACUUGGUGGUUCAAUUCUAGCUGGGAAUAAUGGUGUGAUACCUGAGUUUUCUCAAAUAGCACAUCUUCUCAACCAAAUGAAAGUGAUCUCAAAAAAACAGCUAAAUGAUUUAAUAAAAACUUAUAUAACUAUUAGAUAAAAAUGGAAGAACGAGCUAUUCACAUUUCUUCGAUAAACAGAGAAAAAAGAGGAACAAGCAGACCUGGUGAUUUUACUAUCAAAUUUAACCCAUCUUUGGAACUUGACCCUGAAAAGAAACAUCAACUUGCUCUUGAUCGAUUGUCCAUGACUUAUUCUUGGUACAACAUUAGAAGUGAUUAUGGAAACAAUAAAAUCAAAUACACUCAUGAUGGAACCAACUGGCAAACAAUUACUUUUACAGAUGGAAUGUAUUCCUACUCAGAUAUCAAUGAUUACAUUCAUCAGUACAUGGAUCAAAAGUCUCAUCACUCAACAGAUUCAGGAGGAAAAAAAACUUAUUCAAUCAAUCUAACUUUUAUACUAUCCACCUAUCGUGUGUUAGUAUCACUCGAUAGUGAUUAUCAACUUGAUUUAAGAGGGACAGAAUUUGGAGACCUAAUUGGUUUUGAAAAGAAACUUAUUAAUAAAACAGAGUAUGGAUCAAAACUACCAAAUAUCACAAAUUCAAUUGAUGUGUUAAAUAUCAACACAACCGCAAUAACAGAUAGCAUAGUAAAUGGAAUAAAUACAAAUACCAUAGCUGUGAUACCAACCGAUAAUCUUACAAGGUCUUAUCCAUUUACGUUUGAGCCUAAAAGACCAUUGUAUUGCCCUGUCUCUUCAUUUCACAUUGAUGAAAUGAGAAUCUAUGUUACAGACUCACUUGGAAGACCUGUAAAUUUCAACGGUAUAGAUUGGUUUAUGACUUUGAUACUUCACAGCAUGUAACGGGUGAACCUACGGUUCCCCCGAAACCCCCUCCCUUGGCUACGCCGCAUUAAUAUAACUAUUAAAAUAAGAUAUGACGAGACAAUCAGAGUAUAAAAAGAAAUUUGACCCUGAAUUGGGUAGAUUUACAAUUCAACAUAUUUAUGGUGAAGGAGGCGUCGAAGGCGGCGGUAUAAAGGAUGUGUUUAAAAGUAUUGGUUCUAAAUUAUUUGGACAGACAGUAAAAUCUGCUGUUAAAAAGGGAGCUAAAAAAGCAGUAACAUCAGCUGCAACAAAAACCGGUGAAUAUGCUGGUAAAAAGGCCGGUGAUAAAAUAGUUCAAUUGUUAUCAAACGGGAGGGUUGCACCCCCCCAAAACCCCCCUGCUAAAAAAGUUACUUUUAAUAAAAAUGUAAAAAUAGUUCCAAACAAAAAAAUAACUCAAAAAGAAAUAAAUCAAAGAGUGAAUGCAAUUCUUAGUGGUGGAAAAUUAUAUAGUUAUUAAAAUAAAAUGAAGUCUUUUAGAAAUCCAAAAUAUUUAGACAGAUAUGAAGAUGUUGUUUUUGACCUGGAACAGGCUCUUGCAACACCUGGAAAUGGUGCUCAUCAAACUAAAACAGAACAUAGAUUUAUUGCUGAUAACACAGGUGAAGCAACUCCAUUUGAUUGGUAUAAUGCGCGAUUUUCAGUAGAUUUCAAAGUUAAUCAGCUAGCUGCUGGAGCUAAUAUAGAUGCUGAUGGUGACGAAAUGGGAAUAGUAAAUGGAAGUAAUUCUCUCAUAGAAAAGUUAACCAUAAUUGCAAAUGGGCGAGAUGUUUACAGUUGCAACUACGCCAAUCAUGUAGUAAAUAUCAAAAAUUUGCUUGAGUAUAAUCCUUCCUAUGUAAAGAGUGUCGCUACAAAUGAAUUUUACUAUCUCGAUACAUCAAGACAUGCUGAAAAAAAUAAAUUUACAUCAAGGAGAGUAACACACAGGCAAAAUGCUGCUGGCAACGCUGAUGAAGCGGGUAAUAUGUUAGAUGCAGUAGUAGCUAAUUAUAACAAAGGUUUUGCUGCGAGAAAAGCACUUCUUGGCGACUCAGCAACAGUGCGAUGUGAUAUUCCCCUCAACAGAUAUUCUUUCUUUGAGGCAUUGGAGGAUAAACUUCUUCCAAAUACAAAAAUUGAAAUAAAAAUUGAACUCGAAUCGGAUAACAAUCUUAUCUGGCGAGCUGGCGGAAAUAAUUGUAGAGUUAUACUAACAAGAUUACAACUUUUUGUUCCAAAACUUAUGUUUAAUGAUGAUGGAAUGAAGUUGUUAUUGCCAAAUUAUCUCAAGCCCUACAAAUGGAUAUAUCUUAAUGAAGUAGUAGAGCGAUCAAAUAACUCUCAACAGCAAACAGGACAAUUCAGAAUUACAAAUGCUAUCUCAAAGCCACGCCAUGUCUUUGUUUUUGCAAUUAACACGGCAAAUAUUGAAUCACAAACAGCAAAUCCAUUCCUUUACAAUACUUUUAAUCUGCCAAACAAUGCUAAUAUAUCUCGUUGUUAUCUCGAGGUAGGAAAUGGAAAUGAAUACCCUGAUAUUCACUUUAAACCCGCUACAGAUCCAGCAAGAGUGUUUCGGGAAGUAAUGUCAUACGUCUAUGCAAAUAAUGAUUAUCAAGGUGGAACACUUCUCAAAAGAUCAACUUUUGAAGAUUUGUUUCCUUUUGUUUAUUUUGACCUAACAAAACAAAAAAUGGAUAUCAAAGAUGGGGUUACAAAACUAGCAUUUCAUUACGAAUUAACUGCUAAUCCAAACGCUGAUUAUAAUAUUUACGCGCUAGUCUUACAUGAAAGAAUAGCAGAAAUAUCACAACAAGAUGGAAAACUAUUGCUUAGAGCGUAGGGUGGGGGGAAUCCCCCAAAACCCUCCUGCUGCUACGCCGCGUAUCAAAAGUUUUCACAAACUUUCUAACACUGUGAUAGCAAACUUGAUAGUUACUAUCACUUUGAUAUACGUGGCGAAUAAAUUGUUGUGAAUGGGGGGAUUGCAUCCCCCAAAACCCCUCUGCUUCUAAAAAAUACUAUGAUGUAAUGGGGGGAUUGCUACGCGUAGCCCCUCCAAAACCCCCCUGCUUCUAGAAGGUUCUAAUGACAAAGCAAUUAGAUUUUGAAGAUAAAAUCUAAUUAUAUCAAACGGGGAAACCCCCUCCCUUCGUAGCGCCGCGUGAGGUUACACGUAAUUUUAAAAAGUUAUAUAAUAAGGGGAAAACAGCCUUCAACACCCCUUUCCUUGUCUACACCACGUAAAAUAAGAUUUUUAAUAUAAACAUUAAAAUAAAAUGUCUAAUUAUAUGGAAUAUGGAGUAACACUUACAGAUGGACAGAAGUCAAAACUAGCUUCUGCGAUAAUAAAUCAGUCACCUUUGACUCUUCGGUUAAAACAUUCGCAUCUUAGAGGAAAUGAUGAGUUAAUGUUGACAAAAAGACAGAUUGAUAAAAUAAAUAAAUCUAUUGCAAAUGGCACAGGAUCUGAUAUAAAGAUAAGUAAAACUCAAAUUAGAAAAUCUGUAAAACAUGGAGGAAACUUAUUUUCAUCACUAGCAUCUCUUGGAGCAAAAGUUCUUCCUUUCGCAAUAAAAGGAAUUUCAAAAGCUGUUCCCGCAUUAGCAACCGGUGCUGCAACCGCACUUGGUGAAAUUGGGCUAAAUAAAAUAUUUGGAAAAGGAAUCACAAUCCCCCCAGAGUUUUUCCCAAUGCUACCAAAUAUCGUAAGAGAAUUUACCAAAUCACAAAUAAAUCAAAUUAACAAAGCUUAUCAAUCAGGUAGUGGAGUAGUUAUAAAACCAACUCGUAAACAGAUAGAAGGAGGAUUUUUAGGUACACUUGCUUCUAUUGGUAUUCCAAUAGCAAUUAGUUUGGUAUCAAAGAUGCUUGGAGGAGGUCUUCAGGUCGAUAGACGUGGAUCAUCUAAUACAGCAAAUGUUUACGUGCCACCCACACAUGGUACAGGUUAUCCGUAUCAAUCACCUCCUUUUAUCGGUACAUGGUCCAACCCAAUAGGAAUGGGUGUUAAAAAAAAAAGUCCAAAGGCGAGGGUCUACUAUUAGGAAAAAACAGCCCAUUCAACUCAAUUCCCAUUCUCGGUACCAUUUUAUAAUGGGGGGAGUGCCUCCCCCCAAAACCCCCCUGCCCCAUUUCGAGAUUAAACCUCUUUCAAACUUUGACCUCAUGGAAUGGAUAAAAAGACUUGGUAUAAAAAAUUUCAGAGGAAUAUACAGUCGUGAUGGACUACCUCAUAAAAUAAAAAAAGAAUGUGGAAUAAUCAAUCUGGAUGAUAUAACAGGGCCUGGAACACACUGGGUUUGUUAUAGAAAUGGGAAAAGCGGUUUUUAUGAGUAUUUCGAUCCUUUUGGUCUGAUAAUGCCAAACGAAGUAUUAGAUUAUUUUCACACAGGGCCUGUAAAACCUAUUGUGUACUCAAUGGAUGAAAUACAAAAUCGCAGCACUGUUCUAUGUGGUUAUUGGUGUUUAUAUUACUUAUUAGAAAGACAACGAGGAAAAAGUAUUUUAGAUGUAAUACAUAACCCACAUUUUGAUAAUGAUAACAGCGAUUUCAUACAAGAAUACUUUGUGGGGGGAUUGCAUCCCCCAAAACCCCCCUGCUGUAAGGAUUUAGAGAUAAGACGAUAAAAAUAAUAUUUAACAAAUAUUAUUUUUUUUUAAUCUUCAUCUGGGACAUUUUUUAGUGAUUUAACCCUCUCAACUUUUGUAUUUAGAUCUUUAACACUAUCAACUAUAUCUAUGAAAUUAGAGUAAAUAUCAAUAAGACGAUAAAGUUUCUUUUUUUUAUCACUAUUUAGCUGCAACCAAGAAUAUUCCUCGUUUCUUAUUUUUUUCCACAUCUCACAUUCACCAACCAUCAGAACUCUAGAAAGAUUUUCGUUUUUCUUUCUAAGAGACUCCAACUCAUGAGUUAUUUUUACUCUUACUUCUUUCUCAAAAUCUUUUAGAGUUUUAACAUCUAUAUUUUUUUCAAUCUCAGAAAAGAAUUUAGCUUCCAUUUAUUAUAUAAAUAGAUAAUUACCUUUUACAACUUUGUUAAGCGUAUUUGAUUUCUCACUUAUUUCCAUAAGUAGCUCAAAUACUUUUAUAAAUUUCGUAUCGUUUUCCAAUCUAGAAAAAUCAGCGUAUUCAUAACUCAUGUUUAGACUGUUGUAUAUCUUUUGAAGCUCACUUUUCAGAAAAUUAGAUCUAGUAGUCAUACUUCGUAGAUGUAUUUUUUAUCUAAACAUUAUAUUAAAUGAAAGAAACUUAUUGUGUCGUAGAUAAAAGAGUAACCCCUUGCACAGAGCCAAGUGGUUACCAACAAGAUAAAAGAGGUAGAACUCAAUUCUUUUGUAGAUGCGCAGUUUGUGGAAAUAAAAAAGUAAGAUAUGUAAAAAUGGGGAAUACCCCCAUGCAAACUGGAAGUGGAAAAAGAAAAACUAAAAAGAAGUCAAAAAACUAAUCAGCCCGUCUGAAGGGGCGGGCGUCUUUGAUACUGUUGUUGGUACAGCAGUUGAUGGAUUUGUUCAUUACGGUUUACCUUGGAUGGGUAAUAAAGCAGUUGAAAUGGGAAGGUAUUAUGGGUCAGAAGCGCUCAGAAACCCUAAAUUACAGAAAAAAGCAAUAAAUUAUGCUUUGGACAAAUUAAAUCCAAUGAUACAAAACGUAGGUUCUCAAGCUCUUGACCAAUUAUCAACCAAAAUACGACCAAAGAAAAACUACAAAACAAACAGAAAAGAUCUUGAUGGAGGAGCUAUAGAUAUUCACAAGCAGAUUGGUAAAUUACCAAAACCAAAAGGAGGAUGGACCUUGCCAGGACAUAAAUAUACAGGUCCUUAUAAUGAUCUUGAGAACCAAGUAAGAUAUGAUUCGGAAACCGGCGAAAUAUUAGAAAUUUAUGAUCAACCAACUGGGCCAACCGAUGCUGUUGCCAUGCAGCAUGACGUAGAUUAUAGUGUUUGUGGUGAUGACCGAAAGUGUAAAAAUAAGGCAGACAGAAAGAUGGUAAAAUCGUUGGAUGCUAUUCCUUGGAAAGAAAGACAAUGGGGGCAUACUUUGGCUAGAACAAUAAUUAAUACUAAACAAAAACUUGGACUUGGUUUAAACGCGAGUCGGCGUUGAGUAGUGAUUGGUCUCAACAAUUAGCCGACGAACUUCACAAACCAAUCACAAGAAACUUUCAAAAAAGAUCAGUAAUCUCAAACGGUAUUGAUGAAAUCUGGGCUGCUGAUUUAGUUGAAAUGCAAAAGUUUAGUAAGUGGAACAAAGGAUUUAAAUAUUUGUUAAUGGUUAUAGAUGUGUUUAGCAAGUAUGGUUGGAUUAGGGGGCUGAAAGAUAAGAAAACUGAAACUGUAAGUAAAGCAUUCGGGGAUGUAUUCAAAAGUAAACGUAAACCUCAAAUGUUAUGGACUGAUAAAGGUUCUGAGUUUAUCAGUAAACAUUUCAAAGAUUUUCUUAAAAGUAAAGGAAUUAAACUGUAUCACACUGAAAACGAGGAAAAAUCUAGUGUUGUUGAGAGAUGGAAUAAAACAAUGAAAAACAGAAUGUGGAAGAUGUUUACUGUGAAUAACAACACUAUUUACUGGGAUAAGAUAGAAAAACUAGUUGAUGAUUACAACAACUCUAGACAUUCUAGUGUAAAAAUGACUCCUGUUGAAGCUAGUAAAAAGAAGAAUAAAAGUAAAGUUUGGUCUAAUUUAUACGGUGAUUUAAUCUACUUAAAACCAGGCAAAGCAAAGUUUGCGGUUGGUGAUAAAGUUAGAAUUUCUAAGUAUAAGAGGAAGAUAUUUGAUAAAGGCUACACACCAAACUGGACAGAAGAGAUAUUUGUUAUUGAUAAAGUUUUACCUACAAAACCUGUUACAUAUAACAUCGUUGAUCUGAUGGGAGAAGAGGUUAAGGGAUCUUUCUACGAGAAAGAAUUACAAAAAGCAAAACAGCAAACAUUUAGAAUAGAAAAAAUUAUUAAGAGAGAUAAUAAGAAGAAAAUGGCAUUAGUAAAAUGGAGUGGAUAUCCUGAUAAAUUUAACUCAUGGGUUAGUUCUAAGGAUUUGGUUGAUUUUUAAUACGAAUAAUGUAUUAAAAAUAAAAUCCUAUUCACUCAUUUGGCUCUUCAUCAGACAAGCUUAAUUUCUCAAAUCUAUCAACUAAUUCUUCAAUGUCAUCUUCAAUGUCAUCUUCAUUGUCCUCUUCAUUGUCCUCUUCUUCAAUUGUUAGUAAAGACUCUCUUGGUUUGAGUGGUUUAACAUAGCACUCGUGAACUUUUAUUUGUAAAGAUGUUACAGUUUUACUUAUAAAAAUUCCUUCUAUUAUCAAAGCUAAUUUCACAUUACAAUACUGGUUGAUGAGUUUAAAAGGAUUUAGAUCCUUUCCCCCCUUUCCUUUAAACAAAGAUAAAAUUUUCUUUGAUUUUUCUGAGUAAAUAAGUUUUGCAUAAAGAACUGGUGCAGAUGAGGGAUCUUUUCUAGUUUUCUUCUUUCCUUUUUUAUCAGUGUACUCUUCUUGUUUGUAGUAUAAAGGUGGGGAAAGAGAUGAGGCUAAAUCUGGUCCGUAUUCAUUCUCUAAAUGUUCUAUAGACAAAGAUGUUAGACUAUUAAUAGCACCAUAAAACGCUUUUUCUUUUUCAUUUGGUUCGCUAUCUUUCGCCCAAAGACAUACUGGGAUACUAUAUCCUACUAACUUUUUUGUUUCUUGAUUUCUCUUUUCACUAACACCAAAGCUAAAAAGAAAUGGGGUUUCGAUUACAAGUGGUCCUUUUUUGUUGUUUUGGUAUUUGAUUUCAAUUGGUAUACGCUUGUAUUUAAUGUUACUAUCUUUUACUUUUGACUCUUUUGCUUCUUUAAAAAUAACGGUGUCUUUGGUUAAAUGAUCGUAACUGGAUAACUGCAUUUUGUUAAUUAUAAUUUAUUUCUUAAACUACAAUUAAAAAAUCAAUUUUUUUUUUGGCCAAAGAAGAUGGGUACUCCAGAAAUUUGGCGAUUCUGGUUUAUUAUAAGUUAACUCGCCUUGCUUAUUUUUUAUCUUUGUAGCUCUAGCUAAAUAUUUGUCUCUUCUCUCUUUAUCCUUGUGUAUUAAGUAGUCUGGAUAUUUUGGAGAACCAAAAUGUACUUUCUUUGCGCUUGGAAGCGUAGCCAUAUAUUUAUUAUUUUUUCUGGGAGAAUACUCAAGACUUUCUGCACCAAGCUUACGAGCACGUUUCUGUAACUUUUUGAAUAAAUCACCUGUGACUAUAUGUUUGGGAUCUGGGUCAAAAUCCGGGUCAUCAGAUGUAUAACCAUCUUCAACGAUAAAUUCCUUAUCUGAUUCAGUAGGAGAUUCAUCAGGGGAGCGGGGAGGAAUAGAUUCCUUUUUUGAUUUUCGAGGCAUUAUUUAUUUAUACGUAUACUAAUCUUAUAACAAAAAUGUUAUAGGAUUUAGCUAAAGUAUUCUAUAUCCAACAAUGAAUAAAAAUUAUCGGCAAAAUCUAACUCAGUUUUAAAAUAAUCAGGGUCGGAUAAACAUAUUAACCUGGAGAUAUUUGGAAAUAGAAACUCUAAGUAUUCAGCUGCAUCAGCAUGUGUUUCUUUGACUUUGGUUUUAUCAAAUCUACCAAAGAAUUCUUUCAUAACAAGAGAUCCAGCUUUUAUUGCAUCAACUAACUGUUUAGCAUUAAGAUCAAUAUUUUUGAGGUCUUCAUACCCAUCUUUACUAGAGAAUAUAAGACCUUUUAUUGUGUAUUUACUUGUCAUGUUCAUUGCGUUACUUUCUGUUUUGAAACCCAUACUUAAUUAGUAAUUUUAACUCUUUAACUCAAUUUUAUUUUUCUGACGGAUUUAUUUAUCAACCAACCCAAAUAUACUAUGACCAAAAGUCUCAAAACAAUGACCAUUAAAAAUAUUAACACGUUCACCUCUUUCAUUUAUAACAUCAAACUUUCUAAAAAAUCUACUACCUAUUUUAUUUAAAGUUUUAUCAUAUAUUACAUCAGGUGAAAUAAAUAAAAAAUUUCUACUAUUUGGAAACAAAUCAAAAAGUUCUAAAUACCCAUUAUGUCUUGUCUGUUUUACUUCUACAAGUCUUAGCUUAUUAAAAAAAUCUUCAACUUGUAUAUGACCUUUUUCUACGCAUUUAUCUACUAUUUUUAUAUAUUUAUCUAACUUACGAAAUUUUUUAUAACUGUGUUUAUCUUCAAAUAUUAAAUUACCUACUUUAAAUGGUAACUCAUCCUUUUUUCUGAAUACUGUUGUAAAUUGAUUUAUUUUUUUCAUAUUCUCUUUCACUUUAAUUGGCAUGUUUUUGAUAAACAACAAAUUCAUAAGAUUUUAUUCUUUUAAAAUCAAUUUUUUUAUUUCUUACGCAACAUCAUUCCUCUCAUAGUAGUUAGUAAAAGAUACACCUUCGACGAUUUGGCCUUAUUUCAAAUAUUGGGGCACGCAUUUCGAAGAUAGGCGGGCACCAUUUUUUUUGAAGCGAGGGUAAGCGUCAAAAUGUAUCUUUUACUAACUACUCUCACUUAGGAUGUUUUUUUUAGUGUUUGGUGAAGGUAAAGCGACAAAAGAAAAUAUAUCAAUUUUUUGGUUCAUUUGACCUUUAAUGAAUGAGGCUGAGUAUCUUAUGAACAAUUAUGGAGAUCGAAAAGGGUGUACGGCCGAGGCGGAUAACACCCUCCGAGAUCUCCAUAAUUCUUCAUAUGAUACGAAAGCCGAAUUGAAUAAUUGUUUUAUUAUUCAUUCAAAAUAAUUCCUAUUUUAAGGUGGCUCGACUGGAUUUUUUUAGGGGGAUACCUCCCAAGUUUGAGCAUUAACUACGUCGGCAUGAGUAAAGAUAUGGGAAAAAAGUUACCACAACUGUAUUAUAUAAAGAUGAAAAUUUCUUAUGAUCUGGGUUUUAUUGCAAUCGCAGUCGCCAUGGCAACGUAAUGACGCCAUUACGUUUUUCAUUUAUCUUUGUGUUUCUCUGUACUAGGAGUUUUUUUGAAGAAAUCGCUUAAGGGAGUAUGUACCUGCCAUAAUUGCCUCCAUUAUGGCAAAGUUUGAAGAAAUUCUAUGAGAGCGUUUUCGAAAUAGUUUGAAAUGCAGUUUUAAGAAUCAUUAAAGUAGUGAAAUAGCAUGCUAGCCGCACAAUUCGCUAAUAUUUUAAGAAAAUGAUAAGCUUUAGGAACGCGGCUUCAUCUCACAGUGGUUUGAUUCCAUUGAAAACUGCAUACAAAAAAAGAGGGGAAUUGCUCUAAGCGAUCGCGAGUAAGAAGGAUUUUAUUAACUUGCAUUCAGCUCCUUUUGAUACAGUUUUUGGAGGUGAUUUGAUCCAUGCCUAAAAAUUUCGCAUUUUACCAAAAACCGCUCGAUAAAUUUUUUUGUAAAUUCGACAAUCCCGAGAUCAAUCGUCAAGAAAUAUUCCCUGCAAGUUUUAAGAACAUUGAAAACAGGGAAGGCUUUUAAAUAGGGCCUCAAAUAUAGCCAAUUUCCCCCCCCAGAUUUUGUGUUUACAAGCGAGCGUCCUCAUUAUUCACAGGCAUUGUUUUCAAGUUUCAUAUACACGUGCACAUUUAGCAAAAAGAUAGAAUUUGUUUAUCUGUUUUAUUAUUCAUUCAAAAUAAUUCCUAGUUUAAAAACAUAGCUAAAACAUGCUUACCUCCAUCGAUCCAUCGAUGUUCAGUUCAUCUUCGAUAAUGUAUGUUUAGGUUUGUCCAGCUCCGCAAAUAUUCUCCAAAUAAAAGAUGUCGCCCUUCGAGUUGUCUUCUUGCUGUUCUUGCCAUGUUUUUAGCCAUUUUUUCGCCUAGUUCUGAGUGAAAUGUCCGCCAUUUUUUCAAGUUCACAACCAAAACAACUCAACCUCGUCCCCAAGUCUUCUCGGUUAACGGUGCCUUAACCUGCGAAAACGCUGCAUUUUUGACGUCAUUUCCUCGUUAAAGUCAAAAUUCUUCCAAAUUUGGUCAUCAGUAACUGGUUAUAGUGAAUUAAACGUUUGCUUUUAGCCAAUCAAAAUUGGGGAAAUAUUUUGAAUAAAUAAUAAUCAACAAUAUUAACUGAGCCUGUGGUAAUAAUUGUUUUAGUAUAUUCACACGAAUUGAUCUCAACAGAAUCAGAAAGGAAACCAUUACAAAACGAUUAGUUUGAUUGACGGGUGAAUUCAUGCGUGAACACGAAGCCGUAAACAGUGGAUGCGCGAAAGUUAGAUCUUUACAGUAUCUUCAAACAUAGCAAAUGAUAGUUUUUAACUUUUUGUAUCGAGUUUCGUAAGCUUUAGCAUCAGCGGUUUAAAAGAAUACGCCGAAAAUUUAAAUUACUACCCAAUUCUGAGAAGAAAAGUAGAGCUUUAUUUGUUUCUGUCAACUCACCGUGAAUGAGAAAGUUUUCAUUGUUGCUUCUUGCAAAUGCUGUCAACAGCGGCUACGAUCAAGGUGAGCGUUGUUUAUCUCCAAAGUUCCUUGCCUUUUUAACGUGCUGGCUUCCCUGCUAGCAGAGGUCUCUCACAACGAGGCAAAUAUGAGAGAAAGGAGAACAGAGAGAGAGCAGGGAACUUGCUGGCACGUACAAUUUUCGAAAAUAUUUACCUUCCUCUUUUCUCCUUAAAUUAACUUCUAUUUAUAGCUAAAAUUGGUCUUGCGAGAAAAUCCCGAAAUCACAAAACAGUGACAAAGCGACCUCGUUUUCCUCUGUAGUGGUAAACAUAGGUUCGAGUGACAAAAAGUCAGCUACAGUAAACCACUUGACAAUAAAUCACGCUGUGUAAACACCAUGAAGUCUUUUCUUGCCUUCAAAGUCAUCAGCACUUGGAUAUUCGUGUAUUUUCAAAAAGGCUUUACUAUGAAACGUUGGCAAAACACCCAGUUCACAACAGCGAUUUUGUUCUGCUUUAUAUUCACCGCCUAGCGCGGUGAAUAUAACGUCGUCGUCGUAGUCCGAGGGUGAAUAUAACGUCAUAGUCCGAGAUGGCUAACCAAUCAGAUUGCUUGAAUUACCAAGAUCACUGAGUGUGUAUAUACUAAAUAGAUUUAGCCAGGAAUAAAACCGAAACUCUCUUUAAUAUUUAUAGUUUACCGCUCAAACAAAAUAAAAAUCGUGCAAUGCUAAAGAAACAGGGGAAGACAACAAGAACAAUAACAAUAGGUCUAAUUAGCAAAAAACAACUUUGCACGUGCAGCACACUUUUUUAGUACAUUCCUUAGCCGUUGUUAUCCUCGACUACAACGUGAAACUUCCCGAUACUUCCUAGUUUCACGUUUUAUGGAGGAAGUAUUGUAUGUGUUCCUGUUCACUUUUUUUUCACUGCCUCUCAUUUUCACCUUUGUGGCCGCUGGCAUCUCUCUUUUUCUCACCGCCGCUGUAAAAUUUUCACGUUUUUCUUCCGGCGAAAUUGGUCGUCGUUGUUUUUCAGUUAUCGCCCCAGCUCUUUCUCUGUUAUCGUCGUUAAAAGACAUUCAAAUUCAAUCGAAAGAAGACUCUGCUUUGUUGUUGUUGUGUCGGGGUGACCAUGCGAUUUACCUCCGAAACGCGCGGGGUGCUUGAAAUGCAAAAUUUCACCCGAGCAUAAAUGAAGCCGGGGUGGAGGUACGUACGGGCGAUUUUGUCAGAAUCAAAAUUUCUUGGAUGCAUAGAUAACCAGAUUUUCUUACCCAUGAUGCUCCGCUAUUAAAGAUGAAAUUAGGGUGAAUGUAAGAACAGGGUAUUCAGUGAUGUGAAUAAGCUGGCUGAAGCCAAGGUUCCACUGCAACUGACAAACUAUGUUAUUUUCUUGAGACAAAAAGCAAGUCUAACACUCACAGUGUAAAAGACUGGAAAACGUUUGGUGUCAAUUCUUUUUAUAGGGAAGGCGUGUUUGAGUGAUGCGAGUGGAAGGAGGGCCUUUUCCCUUUUAAAUUUUAACAAAUAAUGUAUUUCUAAGUGUCCUUACUCUGAUAGAGAUGAUUUUUAAUUUCCUGAAAAAUGUGUGGAAAACUAUUGCCCAAGAGUGCAAAGAGUCUAUUUCUCAUUCUGCUCCGCUCAAUCACAUCUUAGCUGAAACUUGCUAAUAACUGCAAUCUUAAUAAAUUGUGGCCCUCGCCUUAUUUUUUUAACGCCGAAGAUUACAUUUAAAUGAGCAAACAUUAACUGCAAGUUAAAUCCUCGUGUAGAUGUGUUGUGAACUUGAUAUUACAGACCUGAGAGUGCAAGUAAAGCUUUCAGUAUACAUGUUGAUUUACUAACAGCUGUUCCAAAAACAAAAUAUUUGAUGCUUAUCAAGAAUCUUUUUAAGUCAAUACAGUAUGUUGCCUAGUAUCCGGACACUUCAGUUUAACAUUGCAAUAACUUUCCUUUGUUAGUCGCAAGAGCUCUGAAAUUUGGCCCAAAGAAAAUCUAUUUAGCCCUUAAUAUGACGAAAGACAGUUUAACUUUUUUGCCUUUGUUUCCAUGUUGCCCAGUAUCCGGACAGCUGGCCCAGUAUCCGGACACAACAAUAACAACGUAAUUGUACAUAAAUUUCGACAGGCAAGCGACUUAUAAGCUUCUCUUGCACUUGCAGAGUGGUCUGGCAAUCGAUUCUAAAAAUAUAACCUAGCAUCAGGAAAUAAAACAUAACAAAUGACUGGGGUAUGGUGGGGAACGAGAGCGGUUGUUAAAUGACAUAAUUCUUACUUCCCUGUCUAGGAACUUUUUCACUGAUUUAAGGAAGGCAUCCGUGGACAUGCCAAAGCCGCAGUUUGCUAGCCCAAUUAGCCAAUCUGCAAACGACUUUUUUCCUUCAUUUUUGUGUCUACUGCGCUUGCGCAGAAGACACUAAGCCAUGAACAUCAUGAAAAGUGUAGAAAAAGUUUGUUAAAAUCGAUAAUCCGUAGGUAGUCAAUAAAUUAUCGCACUUCCAAUCUCAACCAAUCACAAGUGAAACAGAGCGAUUAAAUAUGUCCGAACAUAAAUCCCUAUAAAGUGAAGUCAUGGAACGAGGUAACUCAGUGCAGUCAUUGUAUGUUGUUCGGGCGUGCGGUGAAGACUUCAGAGCAGUGGGAAUAUACGGAGCGUGUUCGCUGAGGGUAAGUUUUAGUUUUGUAAUUUGUUUUUGUAAUUAACUUUUCACGUAAAAAGUUGGAGAAACAAUUUAAUGUUUUGGAGCGUUAUUUACUUCGCAGCAGUUUAAUCGGCCAAUGAAUGAGACAUGCAUCGUAAUUGCUUUCUUCUAGCACCCGAUGAAACAACGCUGUCUGUUGUUCACAGUACCUUGAAGAUGUUUAGAAAUUCACAAAGCGACCCACUUUGGUCAAAAAUAGACCCACUUCGGGCACAAAUCGACCCACUUUGGUCUCAAACUCGAGGCACACUAGCACGGUUACAAAAGCAGAAUACAAAUAAAAUGUCCUACUCAUUAGAGAAAAGCAAAAAAGCAGUAAGCUUACUAAGAGUUGUGAGCUCUCCAGAACAGUAUGUUUGUUUCUUUAACUUUAAUUUUGGGCUAUUUUCAUAUUUAUUGUCUUUUAGUUACCGUUUUUACCUUCCAUAUUUUCUCGAUCUCGCCAAUUGUGUAAGUGAUCAGGCAGAGUUUUGUAGUCAGGAAGGAAUGCGGGCAAUUGUAAAAAAAUAUCUUCAUCUUGUCCACAAGAAUAAAUUGGAUUUAAGGGAUCUUUUUUCCCAUAUUCCUUUCCCUAACCUUCUACUUUCGUCUCUAUACUUUGGGUUGUUUUCAAAUCUACUGUCUUUUAGUUACCGUUUUUACCUUCCAUAUGUUCUCGAUCUUUCUAAAUGUGUAAAAGUAACAGAGUUUUGCAGUCAGAAAGGAAUGCGAGCAAUUGCAGUUUUGCGCAACAGCAAUACAAAAUAUGUCAACUUGAUUUGCCACAAAUUACUUUGCACAUUUCGCAGGAAUAAAUUGGCUUCAAGAAAACUUUUUUUAUAUAUUCCUGUCCUCAAUCUUCAAUUUUCUUUAAACUUUACAGAAAGUGUUAAAUACAAGUAUCGUAUGAAAUUUGUCGAUGUUCUCGAGAAUCUGUGUGACAAAAGUCAACAUAUGGUGAGCAUGCACUUGACAAAAGACGAUGGAGGUCGUGAUGUAUAUGUUACAUACUUGCAUCAAGUAGAUAUACAUGAGAAUAAUUGGAGGAAAACAGUAAGACAAAGAGAAAGAGGUUACAAAGCGUAUAAAAGUAGGAGCCGUGAACCAUCUAGGAUAAAUUUGAAAAAGAUUUUAAAGUCAAUGAAGAAACGAGUGCUUCGAAGAACUCGAAAAUUAACACUCAGGAAUUUGUCUCCCCCUUCAUCUAGACUAAGAAGCAUAGCAGCUAACUAUAAAACUUACUAUGUGAUGCAUAAAUAUAGAAAAGAUUGUUUCUUCAGCAAGUUUUAUUGUAAGCGUCGUAAUAUUAAGGUAGUCUGCUUGAGUACCUCAGCGAAAAACAAAGAAAUCAAAAACAGUUCAUUUGAUAAGAUUAGCUCCUCAGGACGAAAGAUUUUAAAGAGAUAUCCAAUUAUUUCUUACUCAAAUUCCUUUUUUUUUCAAAGAGAGAGUAAAUUACAUGUCUCAUUAAGGUCAUCACUACUUCAAGAUAUAUUUCGUGUAGCAAGAAGGAAACUGUUAAUUUCCGGUGAUAUUGAACUGAAUCCAGGACCCACACAAUUGGCAUUUGCUGUAUUAACACAAAGAUUAAGAACGAUCGGCUUAAGGCCACUAGAUGUUGGUGGUGAUGGAGAUUGUUUUUUUAAAGCUGUUUCACAUCAGUUGUGUGGCACUCCAGAUUGUCAUUUUGCAAUUCGAGAUGCUGGUAUUCAGUACCUUAGGGAACACCCAGAAGAAUUUAUUGAGAGCAAUGUUGCAAAUUCAUGGUUAGGCUAUUUAAAUACUAUGUCCAUGCAAGGAACAUGGUGUGAUGGUCUCAUAGUGCAGGCUGUAGCAAAUGCACUAGGUAUAACACUGCAUAUCAUAGAAUCUCAUCAAAAUUUUACAGAGAGGACAAUAAUUGAACCUGCCGUGACCUUACAAGGAGAGCAUAGGACUAUUUACUUAGGUCACAUAAAUGAGGUUCAUUAUGUCUCUACAGUUCCGGAUGUUCCAGAAUUAUUUAGAACACAAAUAACCAACAGUUGCAGCACUAGCAUACAUGAAUCAAAGAGUUCUUCCGCCAUUGAGUAUCACAAAAAUGAUUAUUUCAGGACAUAUAUGAGAAAAAGAAGGGCCAAUGAAAACGAUGAGUGUAGAGAAACACGGCUAUCCAAACAACGUAAAUACAAACAGCAACGGCGAAGUGUACAAAAAAAAUCCACAGCCGAGGAACUUGCACAAUCCAAAAACACACAAAAAAGAAACGCCAAUAAAAAUAGUGACUGUGGAGAAAAAAAGCUAUCCAAACAAUGUAAAUACACAAAGCAACGGCAAACUGAACAAAGAAAAACUACAGCAGAAGGACUCCCACAACCCAAAAACACACAACGGUUUAUUGCUGCACAAAACAAACAUACAUCAGGUGCACUUCCACAAUCUAAAAAUUUACAGCAACCAGUAUUUGCAGAAAAGAAUGAUACAGAAGAAAGACUUCAUGAAAAUAAACAGUAUGAAAGGUCUAUUGAUAAUCUAAUUUCCAAUUUUCAUACUAUUGUCUCCAAAGGUCCACUUUACAUCUGUACUUGUUGUGAUCAAUUAUGGUACAAACAUAGUGUUUCCCUUGCGGACAAUUUUAGAUUAAGUAAUCCAAAUGUUUCCGAAUGUCUGUUGAAUAAAACAAGUGUGGACAACAAAGAGUGGUUAUGUAACACAUGCAAAAUGCAUUUUAAAAAAAAUAAAGUUCCACCAUUUGCUGCUGUUAAUGGGAUGCAAUUUCAAACUAAACCGCCAUUUUUGGACUUAAAUGAGUUAGAAUGGAGAUUACUUGCCCCACGAUUAGCAUUUGUAAAACUAAUGCAAGCUCCAAGAGGAAAUCAAUUGAAAAUAAAUGGAAAUAUUGUUAAUGUACCAGCAGAUGUCAGUAGCACAGUCAACCUACUACCUAGGUUAGAAAAUGAAACUGGAACAAUUAAAGUACAGUUGAAAAGAAAAUUGCAAUAUAAGAGUUUUGCAUUAUCGUUGAAUGUAAGACCGCAUAAAGUGGUGCAAGCAGCCGAUUGGCUUAUCACUAAUAGUGAUCUUUACAAAGAAGAGGGAAUAAUUGUUAACUGUGACUGGCAAUCAAAUUUUGUUGAGAAUAUUUCGAGAACUCAAGAUAAGCCUCACAACAAGUCUUUAGAAAAUAGUGACAAUGUGAUCACAUGCAAUUCUGAAAAUAAAACUGCAGAUAAUCAGUUAUUAUGUAUAAAUGAGAAUAAUUGGAGUGAGGAUGAAGAUGAAAUACCAGCAGGAGUUACAGACACCAUGUUAACAGCUACUGACUUUCUAGACGAAAACGAACGCGCGAAUAUUCUUAAUGUUGCACCAGCUGAAGGCUCUACUCCUCUUAGUAUUUUUAGAGACAAAUUUUCUGAGGAAUUAGCAUACCCUGGUAUAUUUUUAGGUCAAAAACGAACUGAAAAUGACAAACGACUAGUACCAGUUCAUUAUAGUGAUAUAUGUAAAUCUGAAUUGCGACGUUCCGAUCGAAGAGCAGCAAUGUGCGUCGAAAAUAUUUUUUUUAAAGCCAAAAAGUUACAAAUGAAAAUUCUCUUAGGUAAAUCGCAGAUUGCAAUGCGAAAAUGCAAAGGUCUCAACAGUUCUCUUACUGCUGGGCAUUUAAAAAAGCAAGGAGCUUUAGAAAAAUUAGUUCAUCUUGAUGAAGGGUUUAAAUUUUUAAGAGCAUUACGAGGUUCCCCGCCUUAUUUUGAAACUGCUAAAAAAGAUCUCUUUGCAAUGAUAAGACAGCUAGGCCCAGCAACUCUAUUUUGUAGUUUUUCUUCUGCAGAGACACAGUGGAUACACCUAUUAAAAAUUCUUGGUAAAUUGGUGGAUGGUAAAGAAUAUUCUGAUAAUGAACUUGUGAACUUAAAUUGGGAACAGAAAUGUAGAUUAAUCCAAAGCGAUCCAGUAACAUGUGCAAGACAUUUUGAUUACCAAUUCAAUCAGUUUUUAAGCACUUUUCUCAUGAGUAAUGUUUCACCGUUAGGAUCAAUUUCUGAUUGGUUUUAUAGAGUUGAAUAUCAGCAAAGAGGUUCACCUCAUAUCCACAUGUUGCUAUGGAUAAAAAAUGCACCAAUAUUUGGAAUCGACGAUGAUAAUGAAGUCAUCUCGUUCAUUGAUAGCAUUAUUACCUGCCAAAAGCCAUCUGGCAAUUUAAACCUAAUCACCUUAGUGAACAGGCAAAUUCAUCGACAUUCACAUUCGUGUAGGAAAAGAAAGAAAAAUGAAUGUAGAUUCAACUAUCCACAGCCUCCUAUGGAAACAACUCAGAUCUUGCAUCCUCUUGAUAAGGACAUUGAACCACACUUGCUUAAAAAUUAUAAAGAAAUGUGGACACGUAUUAAGAAAGAAUUAAAUGACCUAAAAGAAGGUCAAAGUAUUACUUUUAAUGAGCUUCUGUCUCAACUAAAUGUAACGGAAGAAGAUUAUCUACUAGCAUUGCGUUCAUCACUUAAUUCUCCAACUGUAUUCCUAAAAAGGAAGCCAAAUGAGUUAAGAAUUAACAACUACAAUGCACCGUGUCUCAGCGCGUGGAGAGCUAACAUGGAUAUACAAUUUAUCCUUGAUGUUUAUGCUUGUGCAGUGUACAUUGUAUCCUAUAUAUCAAAAGCACAGAAAGGUAUGAGUGAAUUACUUCGAAAGGCGUGUGAUGAGGCUAAGAAUGGAAAUGCUAGCAUAAAACAGCAAGUAAGAGAUAUAGGCAAUAAAUUUCUGAACAGUGUAGAAAUAUCAGCCCAAGAAGCAGUUUAUUUAGUGCUUCAAAUUCCAAUGAAAAAAUCAUCACGACAAGUAAUAUUUAUACCUACUGCGCCUCCCGAUGAAAGAGUUGACCUAUUGAAGUCUAUGAAUGAAAUUGAAAUGAUGGAAGAUGAUUGUGAAGACAUACACACCGGAGGUCUUCUCAAAAGAUAUACUGAAAGGCCUCAUAACCUUACUCACGUGACUUUGGCAGAUUGGGCAGCAUGGUAUGAUUCAUAUGGAAAACCUUAUAGGAAGAAAAGACGAAAAUUUGAUGCUGAUAGUCUACUACAGGAACACUGUAUUGAUGAAAAAAAUAGUGAUGAUAACUCUGAGAAUAAUAAUGAAGACGCUGAUAAAAGUAAGAAACGGUCAAAAGCAAGGAUUAUAAGAAGUGUUUGGUUUAACAAAGAGACUAACCCCGAAAAACAUUACCGUGAAUUAAUUAUGCUUUUUUCUCCAUGGAGAAAUGAAAAGACAGACCUCAUACGGAAUUGCUCUACAUUUGAAGAACGCUUCUGCCUUUUAAAAGACGAAAUCUCAAAACAGAUGACCCAGUAUGCAUUUUUCAGUCAACAACUAGAUGAAAUUCAAAAACAUUUGAAAGAUAUAAACGACAAUUCCUUUGAUACAAUUGCACCAAACACACAACAUACAGAACUCCAAGAUCAAACUGAAGGUCUAAAUGACUUGCAUCCUGACUUCAAUGAAACGUAUGAUUUAUCAGAAGACAUUGGCAUUACUCCACAUACAGCUAAUGAUGAUGUUCUUAUAUUAAACGAACUACCUGAUCAAGAAUACCGACAAAUGGUCCAAAAGUUAAACAAACAGCAGAAGGAGUUCUUUUAUCAUAUUUUACAUCUCAUUAAAACGUCUGACAAGCCAUUUUACAGCUUUCUAAGUGGAGGAGCUGGCGUUGGUAAAUCUUGGCUCGUUAAAGCGCUAUAUCAAGCAGCUCUAAAAUAUUAUAACCAUAAUGCAGGAGAAGAUUUCCACGACAUAAAAGUGUUAUUGCUAGCACCAACAGGGAAGGCAAGUUACAACAUAAAAGGAAACACUAUACAUAGUGCUUUGGCGAUACCAGCAAAUCAAUCACUAAAAAAUUACAAGCCCCUCGAUUCUAGUAGACUUAAUACCCUUAGGUGUAAACUCGGAAAACUUAAACUAAUAUUUGUGGAUGAAAUUUCUAUGGUUGGUAACUGCAUGUUCAAUAUUCAGAUAAACUGCAGAUUAAAAGAUAUAAAGGGCAGUAAAGAUGAUUUUGGAGGAGUUAGUAUCAUUGCAAUAGGGGAUUUAUUUCAGCUAAAGCCAGUAAUGGAUGGUUAUAUUUUUAACGAUAUUGAAGAUUUGCAAUAUGGGGUACUUCUACCAAACUUAUGGAAAGAGCAUUUUAAAAUGUUUGAGCUUCAUGAAAUCAUGAGGCAAAGAGAAAGUAAAGCAUUUGCAGAAAUUUUGAACAGACUUCGAGAAGGAAAUCACACAAACGAUGAUCUCUUAAUAGUAAAAGAUAGACUUAUUACACCAAAUAGCUCAACAUACCCCUCAGAUGCACCUCACUUAUUUAUACAGAACAAAAAAGUUAAUGAGUUCAACGAAAAAGUCCACAAUGCGUCUUUAAACAAAAAGUUUAAUGUCAAAGCACAGGACAGUGUAGUUGGAGCAAAUUCUUUAGAACUAAGGAGGAAAAUAAUGAACCAAAUACCUAACGAUCCAAGAAAAACUAAACAGCUACGAUCAAAUCUUAAACUGAGUGAAGGUGAAAGAGUAGAAACAGCCAUAAAUGUACGGACAGAAGAUGGCAUUACAAAUGGUGCAGCUGGAGUGGUUAAAUUUAUUCAGCUACAUCAAAUACAAAAACCAUCUGGAAUAAUUUGGGUAUUAUUUGACCACGGCAAUGUAGGGCAAAGAACAAGACACGAAAAUAGGCAUCUAUAUACGCAAUCAAUUCAACACACUUGGACUCCAAUAAAACCUGUGACUGUGCAGUUUGCUGUUGGCAAAACCAAAAGUGCUCGGGUUGUUCGAAAGCAAUUUCCUUUACGGCCAGCAGCUGCUAAAACUGUACAUCGAUCUCAAGGGGAUACUGAAACAAGAAUAGUUGUAAAUUUGGAAACAAAAAGAAAAAUACCUCAUGUACAUUAUGUUGCGUUAAGUCGAGUAACAACUAUUGAAGGAUUGUACAUUACGGACCUAUGUGAGAGCAAAAUUCACGUUCAUUCGGAUGUUAAAACUGAAAUGGUCAGAUUACGAACAAAGGCCUCCCUUAACCUUUGUAUUCCUCGCCUUUAUGAACUUAGUUCAUGUUUUUUCAAAUUAUGUUUUCUAAAUGCAAGAUCACUUCAUAAACAUAUUGACGAUUUACGCAACGAACACAAUUUCAACAGUGCUGAUUUAAUUAUCUGCUCAGAGUCUAGGUUCAGUCCACUUGAUGAUGAUAACAUGUACAUCAUACAAGGAUAUCAUUUGUUUCGAAAUGAUAACCAGGUUUUUAACACAAGACCCUAUGGUGGUACUGCAAUUUAUAGUCGACACUCUUUUGCACCUGGCUUCCCCUACAAUUCCAAUACAAAUGGCAUUGAGAUAACAGUUCUAAAAGUAUCUACCCUGCCAAAUGUAACAAUAACAGCAAUCUACCGUUCACCAAAAAUUUCUCUCACACUUUUAUGCCGGUCGCUUAUUCAAGUAUUGGACAAAAUUUCCUUCCAAUACAAUAUUAUCAUUGGAGAUUUCAAUGUUAACUGGAUGAAUGAAAUUGAAAGAAGACCUCUCUAUAACCUUCUUGUGACAGAAAGAAAUUAUAAACAACUGAUUUCACAUUAUACAACUGAUAACAGAACAACAAUUGACCACAUAUACACAAAUUUCCUACCACAUUCACAUGCUGAUACCACUUCAGGAACAUUAGAAACAUAUUUCACUGAUCGUAAAGCCAUCUGGUUAGCCUUCCCAUAUAAUAUUUGUUAAUGAAAACCAUUCCUUAAACACACGCCAACAAGAGCCAAUUAUUUACUGUAAAAAUAAUAAUUCUUGUUUCCCUUACAAUUAUUUGGCUAAAACUUUCACCUACAACAAAAACUAACUGAAAAAAAUCUUUCAGAAAUCGCAUGUUGUAACUUGCCCAAAUUAUUCCAUGUGUUAUUUCCAAGUGGUGGUAUAAUAAGAUCUCACAUCUUUUUAUUGAAGCAUUUUUUUUAAACCCUUCCCUUCCUUUUUUUUCAUCAGCUGAGAAGAAUGGCUGAGAGUUCAAAGCGAAAAGGUAAGCGGCCAAGUAAAGUAUUUAUCACUUUGCAAAUUCACGAAGCGUUUCGUUAAAUAAGAUACAUAUAAAAAUACCUAAUAUAUAGAAACAUUAGUCUUAGAUAUUUACUAUUGGUCAAUAUCAUCACAACUUACCUAAAUUACAUUCAAUACAACUCAAUACAUUUUCAUGCACCGAAGGUCUUCUUUUACUAAACAAUUCAAAAUCUGCUACUUUUUUAUUACUGCAACUAACGUAAUAUAUUAAACUAUUUUAAUUUGAUAACAAUUAUACGAUUUAUUUGCAAAAAGACUGAUAAAGAAAAAUUCCGUAAAUUUUGCUGUUUACAGAUCAAUAAUAACCAACAGCUCCAUGCUGCAUAAUGCUACUUCCACUCUCAUUACAUUAUCUUUAUAUCCUCUUCUCCACUUCUAAUAUGUGUUUCUCACAUUAUUAUUUCUCUAUUGCAGAUAGUGACGUUGGUUACGUUCACUCAUUAUCGCCCAUUAAAAAAGCAAGGUCUGGAAAAUUGUACUACAAUUUUGACCUUCAAACAUCACCAACAAAAUUCACAAGAGUGGUUGGAUUUGACAAGAAUUCACAUGCUCAAGCACUGCAUUUCCAAGUUACAAAAAGUCCAGCUAAAAUUGUCAAUAUUAAUGAAAAAGAAGAUACCAUCUUUGUCAACCAAACAAGCUCAAUUGUCCAAGCUAGCAGCAGUGAUGUCAACUUUCUGUGCACAGCUCCAUCGACAAAGCAAGGGGAAGCCAAGGAAACAAUCUCCAGUGCGACAGAUAUAACACUGAAUGAAAUCCAAACUCUGACAAGAAAUCAAAAGGUCAAUGUACAAGGCCACCUAACACUUGGUCAAAAUCCAAGCAAAGAAGUCAUUAAACGCAAUGGCGAAAAGGGAUACGUAAAAGAAGACUGUGUGAUUGAAGAUCGCACUGGUUCUGCCACUAUACACAUCUGGGAUAACUUGCUAACCCAACUAGAGAGUGGAAACACUUACAGCUUCCAAAAUCUUAGCGUGAAGAAUUAUUCAGGAAUGACAUUACUGGGUACCACACCAACAACAACAUUCCAAAAAGCAGACCUCCAACUAACUGAAGUGAAAGGCCCACAGCUUCUUUCAAAUACUGAGAAGGAAAUUGUUAUUCAAGAAUUUAAAUUUGUUGACAAAGUAAAUGUCUUCAUGACAUGCCAGAUAAAGUCUUGCAAGAAAAAGAUGCCGCAUGCAGUGGGUUCGACUGUUCUCAAAUGCACUUCAUGUGGAACAAGUCAAAAAGUUAAAGCCGCACAAAACGGAAUGUCUGCACGCCUUUGCGCCGAAAUAGACGGAAAAGAUUGCUGGCUUACUGCUCUCACAGAUGUCAUGGAAGGCUUAUUGUCCAAAAUAAGCCUUACCCGAGAUUCCAACACGGAUCAAAUAGCAGAAAGAUUACUUCAAA